GGGACCAACAAAAUGGCGGCGGCGGCGCGCCGUUGAUUCAAACGCAGCGCGCGGGGCGGCGGUGGUGGGAGGCGGCCUCCCGGCGGGGUUCACUGCGCCUGCGCCCCGCGAUUCAAGAUGGCGGACAGUGCGGAACUAAAGGUAAAGGCGCAGUUUCAAGCCGCCCCCCCUCCCCUCUUCCUCCCCCCCCCCGCCUCACCGCCGCGGCUCUUCUCUACUCCCGGGCCCCCCUCCUCCUCCCCGCAGCAGGCCUGGCCCGGCGGCCGGGCGACCCAGUGGAGGAGCUCAGGGAGGGAGGGAAGGCUGGCUGGCUGGCUGGCGGCGAUCCGGGUGUGUGUGAGAGGAGAGGGAAGAGAGGCGCUGAGGGAGGGACGGAGGGAGAAGUGAGGUGGGGGGGAGCGCCUUUUGGCUCACCCAUUGAACUGAGUUUGCCUCCCCCCGUAUGUCCUCCCUUGCUUUUCUUAUCAGCCCCCACCCUAGGAAGCGAGUCCGCUCGAGUCUACUUUCCCUCCGAGGUGCUUUUCUCUCAACCCUCCGCCCUGCGAGGUUGGCCAGGGCUGAGGAGGAGAGGAGACCUCGUUCUGCUGCCCAAGUUGUGGGCGACUCUUCUCUCUCCCCACACCUGCAUCAGAUCAGCCUCUCUCUCUCUCCCUCUCUCUCUCUUGCUCCUCCACCUUGAGCUGGCUCAGUGGGUCCUCGCCCCCUUGAAGGCCACAAUUUGAGGAGUGCAGAGUAGGUUAUGUGCGUCUCCUCCCUCCCCAUCUCAAGAGGAAAAUAAUCUAAAAAUGGGGUCCCGCGCAAAGCUGCCCCUUCUUCUUUGACAAAGAUGAUCGUCCUAUUCGCCUACGUGGAACGGAGUUUGUCCAGAAUCUGGCUUCUUUUACCUACCCAGCUUUUGCCCCCCUCUUUUCUGCCCCUCUUGCAUAGGUUUCUUCAACUGCGCAAAGGGCAGAGAACAAGGAGGAAAAUGUGUCUUUCCCUAAUCGUUUUAUCCCGAAGUUUUGACAGCUCUCCCUGACUUUUAAAUGCUUAGUAUUUGCCAGUGGCAGAGAAGGGUGCCUGAAAGGAGUGGAAACUGAGAGACCCCCUCCCCAAACUUUCACUUUCAAAGGGUGGAAACUGGUUUUGUAGUAGAUCCUUUUGAUGUUGGUGUUCAUUCACAUUUCCUUUUUUUGUAAUCCUUCACCUGGAUUGCAAAGGUUUUAUUACUCCAUCCAAAGAUGCUAGUGCAGUAGGCAGGGAACACAAAUUAUGGGUGUGUGAGCAACAGCUGCCUUUCAGAGGAAGUAAAUAAAACUAUAAGCAUGUGUGCAUGCAUUUUUUCUACUUCCCAAGAGGUUUGUUAAACCUACAUUUUAUUUGAAAUCAUAGAUGAAAUGAUCAAGGGCUUAUUUUAAUGGGAGUAAGAAACUGAAUAGAAACUUUGGCUGUAUUUAGAUCCUUAAGCUCAUGUGAUGGAGAGGGCUUUUUUUUUUUUUUUUAAAGAUAUUUAUUAAAGUUUCACAAAAAUACAGAAAACAAAGAAAAAAGUAUAAAUUACAGCAAAAAAGUAUGUGAUGGAGAGGGCUUUUUAGCUCAUUUCCUGAGAAGAAAUUCUCUCAUGUUGAAAUCUAAAGCGCUCUGAACUCUCUAGAGGGAUAGUAGAUAGGAGGAAACUCCCACCACCUUGGUUUCCUGUUUUAAAGUGAGAGGAAACCAAAAGUGCUGAAUCUCAAUUGCUCUUCCCUCUUAUACACUGCUAUUUUCUUAGUCUAGUCUCCAUGCAUGACAGCUAGAGAAAAAGAGUGAGUUUAAAAAUAUCUGAGAUGAUUUUGCAGCCAAUCCUUCAUCCGAAUAAAGUGUGUGUGUGAGGUAGUAUAUAUAUAUUAAAAGCCUUUUCUGAAAGUCUUGAAAUGCCCUACUGGCUAAAUGAGUGAGGUUUGAUAUGGCUGCUACAAUUCUAGUUGCUUGCUGUGAUUCCCCAGGGGGUAUUAUAGUAAUAGAUCAUAAUUUCCUUUUUUUAGUCCUCAACAUACCCACCCUUGGUAAACACAAAGGAUUGUUUUUUAAAUAAAAAGUAUUUAGUAUAUUUCUUAAUCUGUUUUGAAGACUUGCCUGUUUACAUACUAUAAAAUUCAACAAUGAUUACAAUAGUCACAUGUUAAAUAUUGAAUAACAAAAUGUGUCUAGGUUGAGUGGGGGUGUUUAUUUUCCCUACAUACUGUAGACUUUUAUAAUCACGAUGUCUUUGUAAGCAAAAUAGAAGCCACAUGUUUAAUACGUUUUUAUAGAUAAUAUGUCAAAAUGCAUGUCAAAUGCUUUCCAGUUAAAAUUCAUUUACCAAGGGAUUAUUUUGUUUACAGUGUCUCUCAAUGUCUUAAUGCUUUUGGAAAUCACACAUGUUGCUUUUAUGGCUUUUUUAUCCUGGCCUUUCAGAAAGGUUCUUUGCUCCUUUGGGACAUGUGUACACAGUGAUGGCAGCUCUCUUUGUGAGGUGAAGAUGAAUGGAUCCUGUUUAUAACCUCCAUUGCCUUUUGUGUUUGGGGUGUGUGUGUGUGGAAUCUUGCUGCAGUAGGAGACUUAAGGAAGCCUAGUGCCCAUUUCUGCAGGCAGCUUGUUGUAAAGCAUAAAAAGGUUUAUCUGUUUUCCUUCACACUUGGGGUUGCUUCAUUAAUCUUAGUGCAGUAAAUACAGCAAGGUAUUGGUAACAGACUCUUAUUGGCUAGGAUGCUACAUUUAUUAGGUAGUUGUUUUAAGCUUUGUUGAUCUGGGUGGCAAAAGAUUUCCACCUCAAUCUUUUACCUCUUCCUUCAAUGCCUCUCUGGAGAGAGGGAAUACAUACAUGUGUGUGCAAUUCCUCCUCAUGAGAGCUUGAUAAAAUUACUUGAUGAAUUACUAGAUUGUGUUUUUUAAAUAGAUGCCAUUGUCGGAGGCAGCAUGCCUCUAAAUAUCAUCUGCUGGUAAUCGCUAACAGGGAGAGUGCUGAUGCUCUCAGCUUCCCAUAGUCAUCUGGAUGGCCACUGUGGGAACAAGCUGCUCCGCUAGAUGGGCCUUUGGCCUGAUACAGCAGGGCUCUUCCUAUGUUUCUUUUUAAAAACUGGAAUUUUAUGUUGGUCUACUUUGGCUGCCCUCUAUCUAACCUCCAGUUCCUAUCUGAGUAGGCAAGUUUUUGUCCCCUCCCUCUAAUAGCUUUUCAAUGCAUAUGCUAACUUUCCUUUCUCCCGAUAAUGCUUUAUUGCUUAUUACCCUUGCUUUCCCAAAAAUCAGCAUAAGGAAACUGAGAUAGUUCUUCUCAAUUUUCUGUCCUUACUGGUUUGUAGCCAGAAAUGUGAAACUGACUUGUUUCAUCAAUCAUGUCCAUUUGUUUCUUUUGGAGAGGUGGGCAGGGGUGACCCGCAGGCAUGGCAUGAUGAAGGUUGCAGGCUUAAAAAAAUGCCUUCUGUUUUGUUAUCGAGGACAAUCCUUUGUUUAGAUAAAGCAACUUUUAUUUACUUAAGAGGUUCUUUGUAAGUUAGCAGUCAAAUUGCUGGGCAAAAUAUUUUGCCUUUUGAAAUUUAUAUUAAGUUUCCUGCUUACCUGUGUUUGACAUAUUCUUAACCAAAAAUUGAAGUUCUGUGACACAGGAAAUGUCCAGUCCUUCUGCUUCCUGAGUUAUGGGAAGAGUAAAGGUUAGUUUGUAGAUCUUGUGAAAAACCCUACUUCAGGUGUUAGAUGGGGCAAAUGCUUUAUUGAGGGGUGGCAAGAAGGGGUUACGGCUCACUGUAAAUUGUCAUAGAACCAUGACCACAGUUUCAAGUAUUUAAUAUUUUCAAGGAUGCUCACAAAGAAAGUAGGCAGGGGAGACUUUCCAUCUUUUAUGGCUUUCCAAGCCCUGUUGGAUUGCUUUGAUACCAAGCAAAUAUCCCCCACUGUAACUUGAAUAAUUAUUUCUGCUAACAUUUGUGUGCAGUCUAAAUUGAAAUAUUUUGUCCGCCUCUUGUUAGUAUUCUUAACAAGUAAGAUAAAUACAGGCAUUAAAAUAAAUAAUCCUGGCUUGGAUUCAGAGUAAGUUGGUUGCACUUAGUACUCAUUGAAAGCAGUGGGAUUUAAAUGGGGGCAUAACUAACUUAUCCCAUUGAUUUCAGUGGAACCUAAGUUUAGGUAACUUCAGUGUGGAUCCAGCCCAUUGUGUGUAAAACUGUCACUAAAAGCUGUUAAAUUACAGGGAGAUGUGUUCUUCUGUUUUGCUUUGUAUUUUCUUAGUAAACAUAAGAGCUGCCUCUUUUUGAAUGUUGUAUUCAAACUAAAACAUUCUGAGGCAUUAAAUAGCUUGAGUGCCAGAUAGUCAGAAUUUUUCUUCUGUCAUUGAAAAUUUCCUGUGUCUUAAUAUAUCAUCUAGUUACUUUUUAAAAUCAAACAGGUUCUGAAAACAUUGGUUCCUUACCCAGCAUUGUUCUUUUUUAGAGGGUUGUGAAUUCCCCAGUUCCUUAUUCUUAUUCACCUAUGAGAUUUUGUGUGUGUGAUGAUAUAAUAGCUCAUAUUAAGAACAUAAAAUGAGCCUGCUAGAUCCGGCUGGUGGCCCAUCUGUAUCACAGUGGCCACAGGAUGCCUGUGGGAAUCUUCAAGCAGGACCCGAGCACAAGAGCAACCUGGUUUUCAGAAGCACACCAUCUUGGCUAUUAGCCAUUGAUAGUCUUCUCCUCCAUGAAUUUGUCCAAUCCUUUUUUUAAAGCUUUACAGAUGAGUGGCCAUCAUUGCUUCCCAAGGGAGUGAGUCCCGCAGUUUAUGCAUUAUGUCAGAGCUUUCCAAAUUUUUCAUGUUGGUUACACACUUUUUAGACAUGCAUCAUUUUGCGACUCAGUAAUUCAGUUUUCCUAGCAAACCGGACGUUAAACUAACCCCUUUCCAGCCCCGGGAGGAGCACGGGGAGCUUUCGUGUGACACCUACACACUGCAGCCAACACAGUAACAUGUCGUGACACACAGUUUGGAAAGCUCUGCACUAAGUGAUGGGGAAGCAUAUAAAUAAACAGCUAGUUCUGGAGUAGUAUGUUGUGUGAUCUUUGUGUGAAUGUCUUCAUUACACAGUUCUAGGUUUUCAUAACAUUUACAUAUAGAUCAGAGUUUAAUUAUUUCUAAAAUUGUCAUUGUUGAUGCUGUCUUCUGAACGGAUGUCAAAAGUGCAUAUUGAGAGGCUUCCGUCUUUACACUCUCAUUUUAAAGGAGUGCCUUUGGGAACUGGAAAGAUCCUUGAAGUGUUUCUUGUUAGUUAUGUUUCCUAAUUUUAAGGAGUGAUGGUGAUGGAAGCUAAAGAAAGAUUUUGAAUUAAAAUAUCUAGUCAUGUGUUCUUCUGUACAGGUGAAUUUAUGAAUGUAAAUCUCUCAGUUGAAAUCAAAUACUAGGCUUGUUGGAUGUGAGGAAACUGCUAACAAGCAAGGUACUUAGUAUUUUUAGAUGAUAGUAAUAAUGAAGAUUAGGUCUCCAAGGAUGGAGAAACUUCAUAAUAGCGCUAGCAAAAUAGCCAAAUAAGCAGAAGCCACCAUUUUCAGCUUUUAGUUAUAAUUUUGCUCAAACCAUUUCCAUUGAAGAUCUAUCUAAAUCUCAGUGUUGGAUACAAACAGAAUAAUUUCACAAUUCAAAUUGUUUUAAUGAGCAGCCCUUACCAUGCACCUUCCUAUUUACAGUUUUUCUUCUUGUAUAAUCCACAGUGUUUCUUCAAUGCGCUUUGAGAAGUCAUCUAUACAUUUUUAUUUCUUCAUGCUGAAGCUGCAAAGAUCAAAUAAGCAGCUGUGCAUCACUGUAAAAAUAAUAAUCCAGCUCAUGGUACUUAAGUAUGUUUGCCAAUAAAAAUUAGAUUGCAAAUUUCAUGCACACAUAAAUAUGAAUAGUGUAUGCAUACUUGUUUGUGAAGGGUUUUAUACUUCAUUAGGAGUUCUCAUCAGUUAUAUUUACAGGGAUAUGGGGUGGAAUUUUUAUUCAUGGAUACAUUAGUAACUAUUUUCUAAUAAAGACUGGAAAUUCUUUUUUAAAGUAACUUCAUUGGCUUAAAGGUAUUGCAUAUAGACAGAAAAUGUCAGUGGUGGUUGCUGAAGGAGGCAUGAGUCAUUUGUAACCAUUAGGUUGGUAUUAUUUUAACAUUUAUUUAAAGCAAUUUUCAGAUGUGGUGCAGAACAGAAAUAAGCACUCUCAGUCCUAAAUGCAUUGCGUGAAGUAAGCUGUAUGGAUGUCAAUUGUGCCUGCUUCUGGGCAAGGCCUUUAGGAUUAGGGCAUAUUUUGGAUAGAUGGAAGGUGAUGGGAGAUGAUGGGGUUUGAUAAAAGCACAGAGUGAAUAGUAGAAACUGCAGAACAGAUGAAACUGGUAGUCUUGGAAAGACGAGGAAGUGAUGCAUUGGUUGAAAGGGAUUGUGUUGGAAAAGGAAAAUGGAGCAGCAGAUUUCAUGGAGAGGAGGCGCUGCAAAGGGGACGGACGAAGAAUGAGAAGGUUUGGUUUAAGUACAGAGCAUAGCAGUCUAAACAAGGAUGAUUGAGAGGUUGGAAGUCACACGGUAAUCAACUGGGAGCCAGUGUAGAUACUUUGGGUACAUGUGCGGUUGAGAGUGAGUCAGUCUUAAUGAGUUUCCAGAAGUAAUCUUAGGCAUUAUAUUUUUUAAAUUACAAACGUUGAAAUUUUUAAAAACAAUUACCAAGCAUAAAGUCGAAACAAAAUAAAAAAGUUCCUUCUAGUAGCACCUUAGAGACCAACUAAGUUUGUUAUUGGUAUGAGCUUUCGUGUGCAUGCACACUUCUUCAGAUACCUGAAUGCAUGCACACAAAAGCUCAUACCAAUAACAAACUUAGUUGGUCUCUAAGGUGCUACUGGAAGGAACCUUUUUAUUUAUUUUUACUACGGCAGACCAGCAUGGCUACCUACCUGUAACUAAAGCAUAAAGUGUUAUCUUCCAGGACAAAUGCAUGUACAGGUGUUAAAUCUUGUGUGCAGUCAUCUGCAUGGCAUCAAAACACUUGGGAAAUGUUUUACAUUACAGAUUAAGCUCACACACACAGGGUAUACUUCAAUCUAGAGCAUUAAAAUAAUUUCUCCAUAGUGCCUACUAUGACAAGAGAUGGGAGAUUAUUGUACUAUAGUUAAUAUAAAUAGAGACCAUAUCGAGUUAAACCCAUCUUUCUUUGUUAUUCCUCUUAUCACCCUCUGAUGGUGAGUUAAGUGCUCCAUUAUACUUACGAUCAUGCUUAGAUUCUCACAGAAUCACAAUUCCCAGAAUUCCUUACAAACGUGUAAAACACAGGAAAGUAGGUAGACCUUCUUGGCUGUGAGUCCUGGAGGACCUGUUCCCUGCCUUGCAUGCCUUUUCUACCUGGCCUGGGAGGGUGGGGCCCUGACUGACUCCAGUUACGAAAGCUGAAGGAUGUCCAGAGCACUGUUUAGUCCUGUUGCGUUGGAUGAGUUUCAGUUAAUAAGGCUCAAGGGUGUGGACAAUGUGCUUGGAUCAGUCAGGGCGACCACUUGCAUUCUGGAUCCUUGUCCCUCUUGGCUGAUAAAAACUUGCAGGGAGGGGACAGGUGACUGGGCCAGGGGAGGUGAUUAAUAACUCAAAACCUUGCCAGCUGUUUUGUGACAUUUUGUAGUUGGUCCUAAUAAAAUUGGGUUUUUAAUAUUUGCAUGCUACAAACAUGCUGUGCCACAGGAGUGACAGGAGAGGGUUCUAGAGGCAUUUUGAAUCAAUUGAAGAGCACUGACCAAGUAGGAAGGCUUCCUGUACAACAAGAGAUGUAAAAUUUAUGGAAAUCUUGAAGCUAUGGGAAAAAUGGUAAAUUUAUGGAAAAAAUAAAAAAUGCAAUACUUUUUAAAAGUACUCUUUACAUAUUGAAAAUCCCAAGUUUUCAUUACAAAUGAAGCUACAAACUGCUGAAUCGUAAGGAACCUAGCAUAUCUUUGGUUUUGCCAGUUUAUGAGGAGCAGGCAAAAACAGUAAAAACAGAAAUCAACAUUAUAGUAUAGUAAAACAAAUGAUAAUUUAUUCUGAAAAUUAUUUGUAUUUUCUAGUCCUCUACAGUAUCAAGCAGACAUAAUGCACUUAUUUCCAUAAAAAGAUCUGAAAAAAGAAAGAAGGGGGAACAGAACUAAACACUACAUGAAAUUUAAUCAGUCUCUUUCUUAGCUAUCACUAUCUGUUUCUGUUUCUCUGUCUUUGUCACCAUAUUUAUCAUGGACCUCUAGAAACUGAAGAUUUACACAGAUUGAAGCAAGCCUAUACCCUUUCACAUGCCAAUUUAGUUCUUGAUUUCCUGUGAGUAUUUCUGACCACAGACAAGUUACUUUCACAUGCUGCAGAGAAUGGAGGAAUCUGAAGUAGGUAAGUAUGGUGGCAAAGCCCUUGUCACCAUAUUGCGGAAACAAUAUGCUUGGCAGAAUCUCAGAUUGCAUUCCUUGGCCAAAUACCUGAACAUGUUCUAUACUCUGUAACUUUUGAAAGGAAGGACUAAAAUAUGCUACAGUGGCGACUUCCGGGUUAGCGCCUCCGACAAUGGCGGAAUUCCUCUGAUCGGGAGGAAUCCGCUCCGUGGAAAUUAGGGUCUGGCCGCCACGGCGAAGGUGGAGACCCACUAAAAACCACAGGCAGGAGAAGCUUGUGGACGUGGGAUUUGGCUGGCACCUUUCGCGCCUCCCCUACUUGCGGGGAAACCCGGUUUCGGGGAUCCGGAGCGACGUGGGGUGAGUGGUGCGGUGCUUUGAAUGGACUGCUUCUUUCACGGAGUGAAGCCGCAAUGCUGUUGCCGGAGAGCGCUGACUUUUUCCUGUGGACAAUUUGAUCUUAAAACAACUACCCGUGAGUAGAACGGAAAAUUGGAUUUUUAAACGUCUUAAUUUGGCACCGAAACGGGGAGGUUUCAAACAGGAAGUCCGCCUCCCCCUUUUGUAAAUAGAUUGAAGCAAAGAGGCUGCAAGCUAAAGCCUUGGAAAGUCUCUUAUAAAGGAUUAAACUUCCAUCGGUUAAACCAUCAAACCCCCCUUGGAAGCAGGAGAAGAGGGGGGAAAUUUAAGAUCGCGUAAGCCUGCAGGAGAGAGUGAAGAAAGUUAAAUUACCACCGCUCUGAACCUGGAAACGGGCUGCUAGUAAGAUUGAAGUUUCGGAUAUGCUCAUUGACUGUGAAUGGAUCGUCUGCUGACAGUAAGUUAAAGAAGAGAAAUACAUUGUUUCCAUUGUCUCCCUCUGCGUUUAAAAAGGAGUAAAAGUAACUGAAAAUUGAAACUAAUUUUAUAGUUUGAACUGUGCUUAAAAGGAUUGAUACAAAUAGAAAUUGUUUCCCCCUAGAGGAAGCCUUUGAAAUUGUUACAAGAGUUGAGCUGGGGGAAUUUUCCAUCUGCAAGAUAAGACUGUGAGAAUCUGGGAUUGACCUUGAAUUGUUGGGAAUGUUGACAGAAGAAGCCUUAGUGGUUGCAUUUUGUAAGAUUAAUGAUGCACUGGAACAGCUUUGUAGGAAGACGGAUGUGAGGACUAUAAAAGUUGAUAACUUGGAACAAAAAGUGACUAAUUUGGCACAAAAAGUCAAUAUUAAUACAGAAAUUAUUCAGGAAUCGAUACAGGGAUCUAUUUUGACAUGGCAAAUUGAGGAGAAGGCGGGGGAGAAAGUUUUUGCUGUGGAAUCUAAAGUGGCACAAGUGGUGAUGGAGAGAGCUCCAGCUUUACAGUUGCAAUUUGAUGAUUAUAAGUUGAUGCCUUCCAAGACUGAAUCUAGAGAAAGUCAGACUUUUAGGAUUGGAACCCCGCUUGGACUGGAGAAAGAAAGUUGGAUAGAUCCCCGCAUGCAGGGGUUUAUUGACCUUUGGGACCUGGACUUGGGUCAGGAGGAGACUGGAGGUGUGGGGACUGCCAGACUUGGAGGAACUUUGAAACACGACUGGAAAUAUCUUUUGAAUUUCAGUUCUAAUUAUGGAGAUUUGGCUGACUUGUCGAGAAGGAAUAAAAACAUUGCUAGAUGGGAAUUUCCCGGAGAUUUACUUUUCAGCAUCAAAGGAAGGAAAAUAAGAACAAGAUCAGGAAAAGACAAAGUAAAGUGCAUGUAUAAACAUGAAGAAGACUUGCAGAAGGGACCUGGAAAAGAGUUAAGAGCCUCGGACAGAAGAUCACCAGGUUGAUGGGCUAUAUGGAAUUGACGGAAAUGACUGGUAGAACCCGAGACCAGGGAGAAGAGAUGGUGGAAGAAUAUUGGAAAAAGUUUAAAAUCUAUAUAUGGAAAUAAUGUAAAAUUAAUGAGUGUUAGAAAAAUGUUGGAAUGGAAUUAUACGGCUUUAGUAGAAAUAUUUUAAGGAAUUAAGUAUAAAUAAGUAUUAUAGUAUUAAUAGAAAAUAAGAUUAAAAUAUGUUAAGAUAAUUACAUGACAGAAAAUAGAGAAAGAUGGAAAGGAUUUGCUGAAACAAUUAAUAGAAAUAGAAUACAAAAAGGGAGGUGAGAGGAGGUCGAUGAAACAAGGGAAUGAAAGAGAGGAUAUUGGGACGGUAUGAUGUGUGUUUUUUUGAAUUGUUUUUGCUUUUGUUUUGUUUAAUGUGUUAAUGUUAAUGUUGCGUUUUGUAUUGUUUAUAUAUUGUAUUGUAUUGUUUUCUUUUUUGCUUUUAUUCUUCUUUUCUUUUCUUCUUUUCUUUUUUCUUUUCUUUUCUUCUGUUUGUAAGGUUUAAAAGUAAUAAAUAUUUUUUUUUAAAAAAUAAAAUUAAAUAUGCUACAGUGCCACUCUUCAAGUUAAGGGCCAAAAGCCUGGAGAAAAAGAAAAGCCUUAUUCUAGCAGUGGCACCAAAACAUAAAUAGCGUGUUCCUCCCUGGGGAGAGCAGUGCACAAAUGGGGGGCCACAACUGAAAGGACCUGACCUCAUGUUUCCAGCCUCCUGUUGGAAAGACUUUGGAUAAUAACCACAGGGUUCUGGUCCACAAAAAAGGCAUCGUUUGACUGGAUGUCAGUUCCUCCCCUUCCUUUGAGGGAAGUUCAUUUGUCUGUCUUGCUUGAGAUUGUGAAUGUUCAAUCAUACUGAUUUAUGAUUAUUUUUUGUUGCAUUUGGAUACUUACUUUAUCUUUGCACAAUUUUUGGUAGUAGGAUUUAGUUUUUGCCGGCGGGGCAAUGACAAAACACCUAAAGCUGAAAUAUUUAAUUGACUUGUCUUCUGAGAGAGCAGUCCAGUUCCUGUCCUGAUAAGCAUCUCUUGUAAUCCCCAUUGACUGAGCACCAUCAGUGUAUUUUACUGUGUAUUUUGCACUCUUGCUAGGAAACAAUACUUAGCAUUUUUCUUUUUGGAAAAGAAAGAACAAGUGAAAGUUUCAAGAACAUCAGGCUCCCAGGCAAAGGCUUCUAGGUGGGAGAAGAUUAUGUUUGUCUCCUCUGCAAUAUUAGCCGCUGGGUUUAUUUUCUUUGUCAGAUUCUUUACUAUUCACCUUUGAAGAAGUGCUGCAUUGCUUUCUAGGCCUUUGGCUGCACUGAGAUUUGUUAGAAGGCUCCAGGGCAUGUGGAUGUAUAGAACAGAAUUCUUUCCAGAUGACGAUGGCUUUAAUGGGUUAUAGGCGUCAUAUAGAUAAGGGAGAACCUAAAUGUAUUUCAAGGGGCUCAUGCAAUUUCCAUCCAGAUGUUGGACAAUACAUACUCCUUUUGUGAAGGGUAGUAUUAAAUCUUUGCAGGGCAAUUGUUUCUGAAGAGAGGUAAAGGUAUAGAAAAAAGCGAACCUCAAAAUGAGGUUUCAUAACAGUAGGGAGGGGAAUAAUCUUAAUUGCCAACAAAACUUACAGCCUAGCAUUGUCAGGCAGGUUCAGGUCACAGAAUUUAAAUUUUGUCAUAACUGACAGUUUCCCUUUAAACAGUUACAAUGCUUGUGAACAUUCUGUGGCAUUAAACCAGCCCAUCCAGUUGAAAAUGGGGUGAGAGAUGGUUGGCAACCAAUUAAGAGUGAUUUUCCCUAUACAGUCUAGAAAAACUGGGUCAAGAACUUGUCAGUAUGCUUCUGGAAACUUAGCUGGGACUUUGUCAAUCCUUGAGUGAUGUUUUUCUAGCUGUCCACAUCAUCAGUCAGUUUAGAAAAUGAAAAAAUUCUCAUCCACAAAUGGAGGUAGGUUAUGUAAUAAUGCAACAUUUGUUAUGUAGCAGACUAAUCAAUCUAUUGACCAGUAUAAUAAGUUGCGGUGUAUGUUGUUAGGCUUCUGUUUCUCUGAAGAGACAAGCACCUUCACUGAGAUAGAUUUACUUGAUAGUAAGUUCCACUCAAACAAAAUGAAAUUCCACAAAGUGUGUGUAGAACUGCAGUGAUGAUUGCAGUAGUAAGCUGGCCUUCCAAUCUGCCUGAUGGAUGUAAACUCACUGUAGCUUGAAUGUCCAUAUGCAUUUGCACCAACAGAAGUUGAUCCAAAUGAAAACAGCAUUUUAAUUUGCAGUGGUUCUUGAUCUGAUGUUUUGAGGGACACCAAGGCAACAGCUGUUUGUUCAUCUGUCACAUACUAUUUUCCUAAACGUCAGGCGUAUCCCUUACUUCUAAGUUGUAUUUUUAAACUAUGGGUAUGAGAUUAAAAUAUUGUGAGGGGUACAGUAUAUUGAUGACCACUACAAAGGACCCUCGCUGCAUGUUAGAAAGGGUGCAUGCUGGAUAAUGAGGCUGGAAAGAAAUAUUGAUGAGCUGUUUCACUGAAAUACCUUUUAUCACUUAUACUGAAUGAGGUUGGGGUCUGGCAGGGGAGGCUAGGGAAUGUAUAAUUCAGCCACCUAUAAGCAGUUUUGCUUGUGCGUUCCCCCUUUAUUUCCUGCUCCAGAUGCAUUGCUCAAAACCAUACAAGGCUAUUCAUUUCCCCUCCUCAAGAAAACUGGACCAAAUCUCUGUAGGGUAACAUUUUAAAGUGUUUUGCACUCAUUUCAGAAGCACUAAUUAGCACUGCUAUAGUUGCAGUAAUGGUGAUAACCUGUUGUGUGCUGCUUGUACUUAAAAUCAAGACAUUUUAUGUUGCAACUGAAAAGGCCUUCUAGCCAAAGACCUAAUGAUGGUAGAAAGCCAGCAGAUGCUUACUGGGGUGUGUGGGUGUAUGUACGUUCACUGUCCAGUGUUUUUCCUGCUGAGCAGAGUCACAGGUAUUUUUUAUUUUAUUUAUUAAAUUUGUAUACCAUCCUUCACCUGAAGAUCUCAGGGCAGUUCUCAGUAUGUGGUCAGUGCAAAGAGCUUCUGACUUUUCAUGUUGAGGCCAAGAUGGCUAACUUGGAUAAUUUGAGAGGUAAGGAGAGAUAUAGAUGAGGCUUUCAGGGGUGUGGUGGUGUUCAUUUGAUGUCAAUUUGAUGUCACCUUGUGAGUUUUCUGGGAUGCGGGGUCUUGGGACAGAUGGGAUCAUAAUGAGGAAAAGAGCACAGAUGUCUAAAAAAUGUGCAUCCCUCUGGUGAUGAACUGAUAUCCUCUCACAACAAGGAUGUGCCUCUGAGGGUAAUGCCAUGGGGACUUCCCAUAGGCAUAUGGUUAGCCACUGUGAAAAUAAGAUGCUGUACUGGGUGAGCCACUGGCCUGAUGCAUCAGGUUCUUCUUAUGUUCUUAAUUUUAGAUUAUUUACUUAGGGACCUAGAUUUGUAAUGGGCAUACUAACUGCAAAGUUACUUGUCUGCUUGAUGCAAAGGUCUCAGUUGUCAAAAGUAUUGGGGGGGGAUUUGUACCUAUGCAUGGAUAGUGACUGCAUUGUUGCAGUCCUGGAAGGGAAAAAACAAGUUGUUAGAUAGGAUGGUAAAAUUCAGAUGAUCUAAAACAGUCAGUUUGGUGUAGUGGUUAAGAGCGGUAGACUCAUAAUCUGGUAAACUGGGUUCGCGUCUCCGCUCCUCCACAUGCAGCUGCUGUGUGACCUUGGGCUAGUCACACUUCUCUGAAGUCUCUCAGCCCCACUCACCUCACAGAAUGUUUGUUGUGGGGGAGGAAGGGAAAGGAGAAUGUUAGCUGCUUUGAGACUCCUUAGGGUAGUGAUAAAGCGGGAUAUCAAAUCCAAACUCUUCUGCUUCUUCUUUUGAAGAAAUGAUAUCUGUUCUGCAUGCAAAGUUAGCUAGGCAGGCAAAGCUGGAGAUUUAAGUGUGUGAAUAAGGGAAGGAUGUUGGGAAGAGGGGUUUAGGCUUGUAAGGCAUGGGAACAUUUUGAGACAGGUCAACCUUGUAUAGAAAAUACUCUACUUGUGUGUCUAAACUGUUAUUGUAUGCCAUCAAAAAAAGAAAAAGGCUUCCAUCAGAUCACUGAUGGGAUCUGCACUGAUGUUGGCUCACCAUGGAAGAAAUCCUAAGAUCAUGCUCAAUAGCUCAAUGAACAAUUUGAGGCAGAGUGUUGUGACAGAUAAAAAUGCAAUCUUCAAUACUUAUGCAACUUCCUGUUGCUGCUUUUGCAUUCUAGUUGCUUCCCCAACACACCUCAAGGCCCAAAUAAUUUUUCUCCAGACAGAGGCAUGCUUUUGCUAUGGGAUGAAAUGAUGCAAAUCGCAGAGUGUUCUCAAGAAGUAUUGAAAGCAGAGUUAAACUCUACUCCAGAUUAUUGUAGUCAUGUUUUCCAGUUAAAGCCGAGGGUAGAAUGUCUUCAGCAUUGGGCUCUUAUUUGUAGAUGACAAAAAACUGUGAACUCUUUAUGGGCAUAAAAGGAUCCUUGAUUAUGAAGAAGAGAGUUGUUUUCAGGGUCAGUUUAAAGGCAUUGUUAGCAGUUGUGAGAUUAAGGUCUUUAAAAGUAUUUUGUAUCCUUUCCAAUGAUUCAUUGUCUUCCCACCAAUACCUGCUUACCAUCACUCUGUCUGUAGGGCCUCCUCCAUAUCCUUGCUCUUGACCCUUUGCUCCUCAGUUGUGUCUUUCCCCUCCACCCCCAUUGCCUUGAAUCUGUUGUUGCCAGCUUUAUUUCUUGUCCUCCCGUCUCCCUCCUUAUAGUUCCAUCUGCCCUCCUAAUCCUUAGUGCUGGCUCACAUCCUCUGUAUGCUUCCUGUGCUCUUGCUCAAGAGCAGCUUUGAAUAUCUUUGGCAGAAGUCUGUGUCUGUCACCACUCUGAGUUCCCCCUGCGUGUAGCUCUGCUACCUUCUUGCCAAGCAGAGCUACUUGCCAUCUGGUAGUCUCACAACCCCUGCCCUGGACUUCUUCAUCUUCCUUCCAUAAAAGCUGUUUCCUUCUAGGGAGAAUCCACUUCCCUCUCUGACCCAGGCCCUAACAGUCACCAUGGUCCUCGCCCCACCCUCUUUUCUGCACACCAUCAGUUUCUGUUCCUUAAAUUCUUUCCCUCAGAACAAUCUCUUCCCUUCCACCCAAUAACAUUUCUGUUUCUUUACUUCCCCGUUCCCUCCAGUGUUCUUGAACAAGCAGUUUCUGUUCACUGUCCUGAUUAUCAAUCUUCAAAUUUACUGGGCGCAUCCAGGUAACUUUUUGGAUCCUGGCCAAUGCAUGGCUACAGGUAGCCUCGUGGGCAAGAUGGAGGCCAGACUAGAAAUGCUAAAUGUAAAUAUUGACUUUAUUCUUAAAGAAUUACCAUACACUGCCUCGCAGGGUGGUACACACUUACAAUGCAUUAAGUACAUACUUAUUGAAAAAAAUCUAUCAAACCUUAAAGAGCAUUGCCACUGAGAACUUCACCUAUAUUUGUGUUUCCUUCUUCCAUUUCUCUCUGUAAUGAAGUACGGGUUGUUGGUUUUCAACUAGUAAAGGGACAGCUUUCAUAGUGUUUAUAACCUACAAAGAAAACUAUAUUAAGAUAGCUACCUAAUGGCACUGGACAUCUUGGAAAAAUAAAUAGUGUGGGAAGUGGGAAAUUGUCAUUGUUGGUUUUUGUCAAUACAGUAAUCUUUUCCCCCAUUACAUGUGGUAAGGUAAAGGUAAAGGGACCCCUGACCAUUAGGUCCAGUCGUGACCGACUCUGGGGUUGCGGUGCUCAUCUCGCUUUAUAGGCCGAGGGAGCCGGCGUUUGUCUGCAGACAGCUUCUGGGUCAUGUGGCCAGCAUGACCAAGCUGCUUCUGGCAAAUCAGACCAGCGCAUGGAAACGCCGAUUACCUUCCCGCCGGAGCGGUACCUAUUUAUCUACUUGCACUUUGAUGUGCUUUCGAACCGCUAGGUUGGCAGGAGUCAUAUGUGAUAGAAAUGUCUCAAUGUGGAAAGUUUCUGGUGUUUGCUAACUGUGAUACUUGCAUUUCUUUUAAAUUGAAAUAAUUAUGGAAUAAUAAUUAUAGUUAUGUUAAGUAUUAGUACAGUGGUACCUCAGGUUAAGAACCUAAUUCGUUCUGGAGGUCUGUUCUUAACCUGGAACUGUUCUUAACCUGAGGUACCACUUUAGCUAAUGGGGCCUCCCACUGCUGCCACGCCGCCACCACAUGAUUUCUGUUCUCAUCCUGAAGCAAAGUUCUUAACCCGAGGUACUAUUUCUGGGUUAGCGUAGUCUGUAACCUGAAGCGUCUGUAACCUGAGGUACCACUGUAUACCAAAAGACACGGGUGUUGUGCAUAUUUUCUUCAUAGCAUGGUUAGUGCAUGCCAGAUGGUAAAAGAAUAGGUGAAAACCAAAUAAAGUUGAACAGAUUAGAAAGUAAUGGGAACAACCAGGGAUAAUUAAAGUGAUGGUGAUGAUAAUAAAAAGGAGUAUAAGGAAGUGCUUAAGUGGUUGGGGUCUUGUGGUCAAAUACAUGGAGUUGUAUUUAAUGUGAAGGCAUGGUGUAUAAUAAAAAAGCAGAAUUAUGAUAGAAGUGAAGUUGGAGCGAGUGGGGAGUGUUUGUAUUAGCUUAAACUGUUUGUAAAAGUGAUAUAUUAAGUGUUACUAUAAUAUUAGACAAGCCAUUCUAGUAUUUUCCUUUAUACUUGCUUGCAUUUCCUUUUUUGUACACUUCAGUAAUAAAAUAAUUAAAAAAUUAAGUAAUUUAAAUAACCUGGGUGUCUGUGUCUUUAGAUACAAAGAAAGAGCCAUUAAUGUGCAUCUCAUCUCAUGUGGGAAUUGGAGAAUGGGGGAAAUCAAUGUUGAAACUGGCUCUUUCAAAUUACUUAUGGACUAGUAGACUCCAGUGAUGGUUGCCAAAGUAAUGACAACAUUUCUCCAGCUGAAUGGAAGGGAAUUUGGGAGCAAUCUCUUUUUUAAAUAACAAAAGGAAGAUUAAUCUGACAACCCCUUCUUGACUCCCUUGAAAUAUGUCAUCUUUAUUUUUUGCCUUUUGUCUUGAUUCUUGCAAGCACUUUUAAUUCUCCUCUAGACACUCCACGGUAUACACUAAGACAGUGUCUAAUGCUAAUGUAUUUUUCUGCAAUUACUUGUCUUUAAACUAGGCUAACAAAUAGCAAUGUAAAACAGCUCCCAUCUGCAUGACUAAACACAACACUGGUAAUAAAGAUGGAAAAUGCCAGCAAAGAUGACUUUAUUUUUCUAGCACUGAAAUAAAGAAUACUGUUAAAACCGACAGCCUUGUUUAAUACAAAAAAUAACAAUAAAAUUCUGACAGAAAAUAAAUCUCAAACAUCUUUCACUAGCAUUACUCCCUUUCAUUUCAAUGGGGCUUUCCCCAUGCCUAUAAGACGUGAGGGUAUACAGUGGUACCUUGGGUUACAGACGCCUCAGGUUACAGACUCCGCUAACCCAGAAAUAGUAUCUUGGGUUAAGAACUUUGCUUCAGGAUGAGAACAGAAAUCGUGCGGCGGCAGUGGGAGGCCUCAUUAGCUAGAGUGGUACCUCAGGUUAAGAACAGUUUCAUUUUAAGAAUGGACCUCCAGAAUGAAUUACCGUAUUUUUCGCCCCAUAGGACGCACUCCCCCCCCCCCCAAAAAUGAAGGGGAAAUGUGUGUGCGUCUGAUGGGGCAAAUGCAGGCUUUCGCUGAAGCCUGGAGAGCGAGAGGGGUCCGUGCGCACUGACCCCUCUCACUCUCCAGGCUUCGCGCAGAUCUCCGUAAGCCGUGGGAGCCUGCGCCGGGCUCCCACGGCUUGCGGAGAGUUGCCUGCAUGCCAAAGGCUGGGCGUGCUGAGCUCAUCGCGCCCAGACUUCCCGCAGCUCUCCGCAAGGCGCGGGAGCCCUGCGCUGGGCUCCCGUGGCUUGCGGAGAGUUGCCUGCAUGCCGAAGGCUGGGCGCGGCUUCGCGCAGCUCUCCGUAAGGCGCGGGAGCCCGGCGCUGGGCUCCCACGGCUUGCGGAGAGUUGCCUGUUCUGGGGGCUGGGGUCGGGGGAAGCUCGGGCUUCCCCCGCCCCAGCCCCGCGCCUGGGGGGGGAAAUAAUUACCCCCCCUUUAUUCCCCCCCCCAAAACUAGGUGCGCCUUAUGGGACGGUGCGUCCUAUAGGGCGAAAAAUACGGUAAGUUCUUAACCCGAGGUACUACUGUACAUCCUCACGUCUUAUAGGCAUGGGGAAAGCCCCAUUGAAAUGAAAGGGAGUAAUGCUGUGUAAUUCAUAUGUUCCAUUAAUUUUAAAUGAAGCUUAAAGCAGAAGGGUUGGUGGGUAGAUUGUACUAAAAAGACUGGCCUGAUCCUGAGGCAUACUGAAGACACUGUCUUGGUUGCGGAAUUUGGGGUACAAGUUUUGGAGACAUGUAUUUUUGGGCAACGUGCAUCAGCUCAUUGACUCCAGUCUCUUGGGCUGAUGGCACAAAAGAAAACCAUCAGUUAAAAUCAAUUUCAGCAUAUUUACAAGUGAGCAUAUAGGUCACAUACCUGUUUAAAUAAGAAAUGUCUUUGUUUGCUGGCAGGAAGUCAUUGGAAACAAGACUAGUUGGGCCUACCUUGGCAAGGAGUUCCCAAUCCUGGGAGCAGUCACUGAGAAGGACCUUCCUUGAGUUCCUUCUAAAUUUGUUCCAAUGUUGGAACAAAAAAGAAGGACCUUCCCAAGAAUCUCAGAAAGUGGUCUUUCAGAUAAUUUAGUCCCAUGUUGUAUAAUGCUCCUGUAAGCUGUAUAACAAGAUAGUUGCAUGAUUCCUGUAAUCCAUCAUCAGUCAGUUAUCUGAUUGCUGUAUUCAGAACCCACUGAAGUUGUUUCUGUUUUGUUUUGUAGGAGUUAGUGCUCAAUUCAUCUAGAUUUUGGUCUCUGAAUUUUGCUUACAGUUGCCUUGCUGGAGUUUUAGCUUAUAUUGUUAGGAAAUCAUCAGGAUUGUUCUGUGUGCUGUCAGUGUUACUUUGAUAAUAUUCUAAGGGAAUUAAUGGAUUUCAUUUGUUUUCCUGAUUUACCCGUGGGCUGCUGUUGGACUUUGGUGCUCUGUUUUGGAUCUCCUGUGUGUACGUUGGUAAAAUCCUUCUCUUACACCUCCUUCCUGCCUCCUUCCCUGCGUCAUCCUUGAUAUGUGAGCUAUGAACUAAGACUAGGAGAGAACCAGCCAAAGCUCUGAACAGAUUGGCCUGUUCUGUUCUAGUUUUAUAACUGCAGGCACACUUCAUUGGAUGGAGGAAGAUGAUGUUCUUUGGAAAGGAAGAAAAAUGUGAAUGCUCUGUAUCCCAGCCAUGGUGAUUUGGGGUGGGGGUGGGGCGUUCUCAUUCUGUAUACAAAAUCUGAAAGGAAGAGUCCUUUCCUUUCAGCUACCUGAAUAGUACUUAAAGGUGAAGCUAUGUGAUACAUUUGUUUAUACAUUCCCUCCUCCCUCACAUUAGAACAACCCUUGGCUUUUAGCAUUCCAAAACCAUAAGGUAAAAUGAAGUAAGUUACUGCCUGUCUGUCAAGGACCUGAGUGUCCAUGAAUUUUUCUCUCUCCUGCUUUCCUUUCGCAGUUCUGCAGCAGUUGGAUGAUGAUAGUCUUAUAAUCCCUUCCUAAUGGGAUGCUUCGGUUAUAAUCUUAUAACUGGAAUUUAAGGCAAGUCCAUAUAUAAUAGCCCAGGAUCUCUAUUAUCCUUCAUGAACCAUUUACUGCUGUUCUCAGUGGUCUUAAUAUGAAUCUCAAUUUCCACCAGUUUGUCUUCUAAAACAAUGAAUGAUGGAGCAAAUGUUAGUCAAAUUGGGGGGGGGGGGACAAGUCUUGCUGCAAGUAGGAUUUUUAUUGCAUUGCCCCAUGAUGUUCUCUCUUCAUUCACAGUUACUUCUAUAUUAAAAGUGUAGUACACAGGUGCUUGAAGCAUAUUACUUCCUGGGCUAGCCUUCCCCUCCAGAUGUUUUUAUAAUCCAACUCCUAUCAUACCAGACCAUUAUUAUUUUUUGUUGGCUGGCUCUGAUAGGAACAUCAGUAGGGUAUAAGGUUGAGGAAAAUGUUGGGUAUUUCAGCGCAGGAAGUUAUUUUCCCUUUCUUCCUUCCUUGAUUAACCCCCUUACAUACCAUUUGCCAUGCUGGCUGGGACUGAUGGGAGUUGGAGUUCAGCAUCUGGAGAGCUGCAAGUUCUUAGCCUCUAGCCAUGAACAAGUUGGAGGGAAUGCUGUGCUGCUUAUUCAAAGUUGCACUGCACUGAUCCCAAAGUAACAUCAAUCUCAUCAUGGGCAUUGUGCUUCUUUGUUCUUAUAUGGGCAGCAUUACACAUGUCCUCCUUCCAGACCAAACAGCUAGCAAGGGCGGAAUAUUCCUUAUCUGUGUAUGACAGUUCACUGGCAGCAUCCUGGACACCACAUGCUCUGCUUCUCUAAGAUUGUUCUUUGUGGUUUGGAUAGAGCUAUAUCAGAAUGAUGGCAUCUGCUGUAGCCUCCCUGUCUUGACUGCAACACGUGUUCAAGGCUUUGCAGCGCACUAUGGGCAAGACUCAAUCAGAUUGGGUGUGGGGUAGCCUUCUGAUAAGGUUUUUUUAGGUGUUCCUCCUUCUUUCUACAUUGAAGAAUCUGGAUGGAAGGCUUGUCCUUCUAGCUAUGUUGCAGAAUUUGACAGUUUUAACAAAGUAGUGCCUCUUGAUGGAAACUUUUGGAUGACACAAUGCAACAAUUUAUUGCGCAAGAUAGAAGUUCAUUUUCUCCAAAACAACAUUACACACCUGUGAAGAUUGGCACUGCACAGUUGGAAUACAGUUCCCUUUCCAUGCCCAAUUCUUAGAGAUACAGGAGGAAUAAGAGAACUGAAUAUUUCCCAAUCCAGAUACAGUGGUACCUCGAUUUAUGAACUUAAUCUGUUCCGGAAGUCUGUUCUUAAACCAAAAACCUUUCUUAAACUGAGGCACGCUUUCCCUAAUGAGGCCUCCCGCUGCCGGUGCCCUUCUACCAUUCAAAUUCCGUUCUUAGACCGAGGUAAAGUUCUUAAGCCAAGACACUAUUUCCAGUUUUGCAGAGUUUGUAAACCAAACUGUUCUUAAACCAGACUGUUCUUAAACUGAGGUACCACUGUACUUCUUUUAUUUCCGUGAGCAUCCUCAUAUAAAGUGAUGCUAGAUGACUUGGUCAAUAAAGAAGAUGCACAUGAUUCAUGAGGUGGGGGCUGAAGAAGGCAAGGUUAGGUUCUACAUCUGAUGAGAGUCAUGCCAUGAAUAAUGCAGGCAACCACCACAUGGGAAUUAGUAUAUAAAGUAAUGUGGCCAAACAGGAAAUAUUAGGUUCUUGCUUACAGGCUAAUUGGUAGUCUUUAACUUUAUGAGGUGAUGACAGAGUGUAAACAAACAAUAUUUCAGAUAGAAUGAAAGGACCAGUUGAAACUAUUAGCAUUUUUUUUUACUGAGAAAUGGCUUUCCAUCUCAUUCUCUAGUUUUGCUUCCUCAAAUAUUAUAUUAAAUAUGAUUUUGUGUUUUUAAUAUAUUAUAUAUUUGGUGUUAGCCGCCCUGAGCCCAGUCUCGGCCGGGGAGGGCGGGGUAUAAAUAAAAUGUAUUAUUAUUAUUAAUGUUUCUAGGAAGUUCCAGAAUCUGGGUCCAGUCACUGAGAAAGCCCUCUCCUGUGUCCCCACCAAGCAAAAUAUUUGAAAACAUGUUUUGUGUAUGCCAUAUCACAUAGAAUUGUAGAGUUGGAAGGGUUAUUGGAUCCAACCCCUUGCAUAGGAGGCUCAUCAGCAUUUUGGGCAGUUGGUGUACUUCUCCUUACUUAUUUACAGAACCGAUUUUUUAAAAAGAGCUUUCUUGUGCUCUUUGAAUUUCUUCCAGAGAUUUUGGAUUUGAAUUUUUGGCUAAAUGAAGACGUGAUUCACAGACAAACCAUUUACACUAUAUGCCGCAUUCUGUGAUACUGGGGAGCAGCUUCAUGUUGUCAAUGGCUCCUUGAACAACAGAGAAAUUUAAGGGAUAUCUGAUGGUCCCAGUGAACGCUAGGAAAAAUUCAAAAAAUUGAGGGGCAGACUAUGUACAUAACUGAGGGAAUACUGAAUUUCAAGCUACUACUCAGGAGCUUGGGAGUCUAGGUGCCUUGUGUCGUUUUCUUAACCACCAUGAUCUCUUCCAUAUAAGUCCAAAGUAAACUCUUCUGUUGAGAUUGCUUUAAGAAAAUGAAGGUAGACAGCACAGUCUAUGUUUAGGGAUAUAUUUUACAAUUGUAGUAAUAGUUGUGCUUUAUUCAGUUUCUAGUAGGAAUUAAGUGAGUUUGCUGUAUAAAUCACUUGGUUAUGAUGCUUUAAAAUGUUUCAUUGAGGCUUGUUUUAUCAAGGUGAAUGUGGCAUUCUUGAAUACUUUUUUAGACUUCACAAUCCACAGUUGCUCACUUUUAUUCCUUAGGUUUUAUAUUUUCGUCCAUUUAUUAAGUUUUUUUUUAAGGAUUUGUGUAUCUUGCUGCACAACAUAUAGAAGAAAUGGGGAUAGAUCCUCAAACAAGUUUUUUGGGUCUAAAACACAGGGUAGUUUUAAGUUGAUUUAAAAGCCAGUUUGCUGCCUUUGAGAGUGUAUAACCUUUUGAGCUUAAACUCCCCAAAUUCUGGGCGUGUUAAGUAUACUUUCGUAGAUGGAAAAAUAUUUCAGACUUGUGAGCUCCACCCUUGUUUUUCUGGAAGCCAGUUCUGGAGAUUUAAUAAGGCUCAGCCUGGCCCAAAGAGGUCUAGAUUUUUCAUAUUCAUAGGUGUCAGUAUAAAACUUCUAGGGGCUGGAGCAGAUGUAAUGCAACCAUUUACUUGAGAGUUGCAGGUUAUAUAUUGCGUCAGCAUUCCUCCAGCUCCCAGUUCUUUUGUAGUAACCCUCAGUCUUUUGACAGUUUGGAUGUUGUGCAAAUAUGAUGCAUCAUGCAACCUUGAGGGGGGAGUAUAAUGGAACGAUGGAAAAGUAAUUGUUUGGGAUAUGAGGCUAUACGCUGUGUUAGAUACUGGAAGGAUGGGCAGGAGCUUCUGCAUUAGCCUUGUCUAUUAAGAACAGAAGCACACUAUUUAUUUGUGACAUUUGUAUGCCUCUCCAUAGCAUGAAAUUUUCUGGGUAGCUUGCAAUAAGUAAGUAAAAAGCAACUAAAAUACAAACAAAACAAUUAAGGGGAUGGGGAUGGGGACGGAAACCUACUUUGAUGCAGCGAAAGCACAACAGAACUUGCCACACACCCCAAGUUAAAGACAGAUUUUAAAAUCCCAGAGCUCUAGACAACCUAAAUUAUAAAAAGGCCCAGGUGAACAGAAAAGUCUUCACUUGGCACUGAAAAAACACCCGAAAUGACACCAGGCAAACCUUCCUGGGAAGAAUUUUCCAUAUCAGAGAAAAACCAAUGCUGAAAAGGCUCUCUUCUCCCUGGUGGCUGCCCACCUCGCUUCAUUUGGCACCCAGGGCAGGACCUCUAGAUAUAUUCUUAAGGUUUGGGUAAGUAUAUCUGGAAGAGUGGGAUGUUCUAGGUAGCUUGAUCCCAAGGCACUGAGAAGCUAGAAUGGGUAGAACCAUUUUUAGAGAGGAGGAGAUCUUAGGGCAAAUUGACUUAUGCCUGCAGUAAUGAAAGUGUUUAUCAGGACUUCUGCCUCAAGUUUGAAGAACAUUUACAAUCCACUGUGGAUGGCUGCUUCUCAAACCUCAUCCAAGUUAGUAGGGACAUGGCAUUUCAUUCCAAAAGGGCUUGUAGGGAAGUUGUUUUUUUUCUGCAGCCUCUCAUAUCUGGAACUUUUUCAGAGAACAACUCUGUGGAACCACUCUGUCCCUUCAAACCAAUGUUCAAAGCCCAUCUCUUCUGUUGAGCCUUUGACUUAAGUCUUUAUUCCUCACCCAUAGCCCAAAUGAUGCCUAAAUAUGUGGAAUUGCAUUUUCUUAUGUGUGUUUCUUGUUACCCUGGCCUCUCUCCUCCCUCCUAAAUUAUGUUGUAAAUUCCUUGGGGCAAGGUUCUGUCUUGCUUUGCUUAUUCUGCAAAACACCUUGUACAAUGAUGGUGCGAUAUUAAUAACACUUAUCUUGGCUUUUUGUUUGUCUUCAAGCAAAUGGUGAUGAGCCUCCGAGUUUCUGAGCUGCAAGUACUUCUUGGAUACGCAGGGAGGAACAAGCACGGCCGCAAACACGAACUCCUUACGAAAGCCCUGCAUUUGCUCAAAUCUGGUUGCAGUCCUGCUGUCCAAAUGAAAAUCAAAGAACUGUACAGGCGGCGGUUCCCACAGAAAAUCAUGACCCCUGCAGACUUGUCCAUCCCCAGCGUCCACUCAAGCUCCAUAUCUGGUACUUUGUCACCAUCUACCAUUCCACAGCUUGCUUAUGACAGCCACCCUGCAACAUCACCUUUGCUCCCUGUUUCUCUCAUGGGACCUAAACAUGAACUGGAACUGCCCCACCUUACCUCAGCACUCCAUCCUGUCCAUCCAGACAUAAAGCUUCAGAAAUUACCCUUUUACGACUUGUUGGACGAACUGAUAAAGCCAACCAGCCUAGGUAAGGACUCACCUCUUUGCCCUGCCUUUGGCACUUGAGAUGUGUAUUUUAGGACCCACCCUAUGCUUCUAAUUGUCAUUUGUUCUAAACGGUGUUUAAUGUUAAAUUUUUAAUUGUUGUGACCCACCCUGGUGGUGAAGAGCAGGUAAUAAAUCAUAUUAAUAAUAAACAAUGAUUGUUACUUUUUACAAAUGCCCUCAUUGUGCAUGGGGGUAUAGGCAAUAAAUACAAGGUCAUUAAGCUAUACUUUUCCUUCCUUGGGAAUGCUGGUGCAUAGGUCUGUCGGUUGCCUUAUCCAGUCUUUGUCUUAAUCAUUUGCUAAUGGGAGGGGUGGGGCGGAUGGCCCAUUGCAAAAAGUUUAAUCUGCAGGCAAACAAGAGGGAAAUAAGGUUACAGAUAUUGCCAGCAUAUGUAAUUAAAUGUCUUGAAGCUACUAUGGGUGUAGCCCACAGUUUUGUCAAACAUUUCACCCAGAGAUUGUUUGAAGGAAGCAGUCAUUUGGAUACCUUUUCAAGAAUGCAGUUAACCUACUAUUUAAUAAUGUGAAGAGCAGGAAGUUUUGUCAUAAUCAGUUUACAGUGGUUCAUUCACAAAUUAUUCUCCAAGGAAUGUUUUAUAGGAAGUUAGCUGUGGAGUACUACCUUAAAUGUUGGUAAACAUUUAAGUCUGAAAAUCUAUGAAUUUAGCCUUUCACAUAGAUCUACAAAAGUUGGCAGUUCACAAAAGUCUGUGUGUUAGCUUAUAAUUUAUUUUAGUCUUUUGGGAAACUCUUUAGUUCAUACAGUUCAGAUCUGGCAAGGCGACCUCAAGCUUGAAAAGGUGCUCCUUAAAAAAUAGAUGUGAAGAUAAGCAUUUUUCAAAGUUAUUUUGUAUUGUCAUGGAUAAUGUUACAAUGCAUUUAACUGUCCUUGUCAGAGCAUUGUUCUCAAAUAUUCGUUAGCACUGUCUGUCUCAAGGUAGUAAACAAAUGGGUCUGAAGCACUUAGUAUUUUGAAUGUGCCCCUCAUUUUUUUGGAACACUUAUUCAGUCUCUAAAAGGCUGAUGUAAAUUCCAGUCACUUGUGACUCUUCCUGCCUGGAUUAUAGCCAACCCUGCAGGGUCUCUGGCUUUCUAUCUCUAGGCCCUUUCCUAGCACAACAGGAAUUUUUGUUUUCAUGCUGUCAUCUUGGUGACUUGUGGAAGAGCUCAAGAAGAGUUGUUUCCUUGGGAAACAGAUCCUAGGUCAUUGUUACUCUUUGGAUAUAUUUUAUUUUGUCAGUGGAGUUAAAUACUUUCUGGACAGGAUGAUUCCCUUUUUGAAAUACUUACAUGGUAACCAUUCGAAUUUCCUUCUGAUCCCUCCACCCCACCCUUGUUUGGUGAUGGCAAUCAUUAAUGGCUUAGGGAUUUGACCUCUUUGAUAUCUUGAGAAACAGUGUUCUGCCCUGAUAAUUGUGAAUGACACUGUGUACGUCUCUCUUUUAAUGCAUGUAACGAGGAUGAUAAGUUGGUUUAGUUCCAAUGCUUACCUUGCCUGAUAGCAGUUGUCUGUGGAUUAUUGAGGCACUGGAACCUCUAAUUGUUUGAAAGAUGAUCAACUCACUCUUGAUUGUCUAAGAAACAUGGGAAUAAAUUUCUUGCUAGUCCUGGCCAUAUUCUGCCUAAAACAUUUGCAGCAUCAAUCUCACCCCAUCACCAUGCCAGUUCUGUUAAUAAAAGGGCAUGGUUACAGUGACUGCAACAAAGACAGAUUUAUACUCCUUCUGGCCCCAGGAGAGCUUUGAUAGACCUGGUUUCCAAAUGAGAAGGCAAGACAAACAUUCCUGAUUUGGUGGACCAUAGUAUCUGGGACACAACUGCUUGACAAUUUCCUUAACUGUAGCAAAAUUAUAGCUACUUCUAACUUUAGCAACUUCUGGCAUCCCUCUCUGAUUCAAACUGAUUAACAACAUCUAACAACUUUUUAUAAGGAACCAUCUGGGCUUCCUUUUUCUCCUGUAAUUUACAUGGGAGUUCAUUUGUGUUGAAAACUAUGUAGCGGAAAAUGUCAUUUAACUGUUCUUUGAAGCAGUCCUCAUUUUCCAUGGGUUCUGUUGUGUAAGUUGAUUUGUUCUCGCUUUCCAAAUUACUUGCUUGUGUAAAGCAAGUGCAAUUCAGCCUCAUGCAUCCCUACUGUAGAAAGUGUAUGAAAGACUUCUGUUUCUAUUUUGCUGAUAAGGGCUGUUAGAAAGAGUGUUGUGGUGACACCUAGAGAUGGAGAACAGACAUUACAGCACAGUUUUAGUACAAUAAGCAUCAUAGAUGAAAAAGCAAUCUUUUAGUCCUAAGAGGUUCCCAGAUAGCUAAGUGUAGAAAAGCCAUUGCAUGUAUGCUUGUAGACCCAUUUCAAUGUCAGUGGUGUUAAAAGAAUGUACGUUUGUGCAUGAGACUUUUCUCCAAGCCAUUCAAGGAGCCUUUGGAGAAGAUGUCUUUAUUUUCCACCCCACUCCCUAAUUUGAAUAUGCUUUUCUUGCAGAUUUAUCUAAUGAGGUUGUACAUAAAUCUCAUAGGGUGUCUUGUUGAGAACAAACUGAACUGAACCUCCUUUCUUAAUGCCCCAAGGAAUCCCGGCUUGCCACAUCUGGGUGUAAUACCUUUAGCUAUUAAUAAUAACCCAGUGCAAUCCACUUAAAUGAUUCACGAGGAUGAAUGGGAGUGAAACCAAUCUGUUUGUAUUCUAGUUGAUUUAAAAAGACGAGCUGAUCUGCCUCAGGUGUACAUCUCUAACUUUGCACAAUGCAAAAGGGUUGAAUAAGGCUAAGGAGCAUUUUCCACUGACAAUGAGCAUUUUGUAAAGGGCUUUGAAGAAGAUUUCAGGGUCUCAGGCAUGUAGACCGUCUACCUGCUGUUUUUCUUUCUUUAUUAGGGCACUUAUACCCCACCCUUCUGUGUCUGACAAAUGAGCCACUCAAGGCACUUAUGAAUGAUGUUUAACACAUUUAGCAGUACAAUCGGAAGAGAGUUUUUAAGUUCUGUUGAACAUGCUUAGAAAUCCUCCCUAUGACCAGAGACCCUGAUAAGGUGGAGUUUCGGCUUACAGUGAGGGUUCUAAGUAUGUUCAACACACUCUUCAGGCAUUGGCACUAAAUGUACAAAGGUCUGGAGAGCAGCCAGCAUGUCUGGGGGCAUUGGGGCAGGAUUGCUUGCUCCUGUCCCCAUUUUAAUGCAAAUGCCAGAACAUGGCUAUAGAGAUGCAUAUUAUCUGUGUGCUAGUGACUGCCAAUUCCAGAUCCCUGAGUGAUCUUUCUCAGCAGUUUCAUGUAGAUGUUGAAGCUAUGUGUGACACUAUAUAUAUGUUGUAGGUCACUUUGAGUUAACCUGCUGAAAAAAGGGCCAAUAAAUUAAAGAAAUAAUAAUAUGCACCAGGAGGAACUAACAGGGUGCUAUGUGGCUGUUGUGCACUGCAACUCUGAUCACCCCUGAGUGUUCAUCUUGCUGGCUGGGGCUCAUGGCAGUUGUAGUCCACAAAAUCUAGAUGACAUCACAUUGGCUAUGCUUGCUUGUUUACACCAAAGGUGAAAAUCUUGAGCAGGUAUCUCCCAGCACCAGUUCUGAAGUCCGUACUCUGUGAGGGACCAAAGCCACUGUUAAUAGAGUGCUCUCAAGCCCCAUCCAUGUAUGCCAGUAGUAGGGAACUUUUGACCCUCCAAAUGUUGCUGAACUACAACUCUCAUAAUCCCUAGCCAUUAGUCAUCUUUGCUGAUGGAAGUUGAGGAGCAGCAACAUCUGGAGGGCCAAAGACUGCCCACACUUGAUGUGGGCACAUUCCUGAGGGACACAACCCUAGCUAACGUCUUGUACCUAUUGACCACAGUUUUGGUUGGUCAGGCUAGGUUUGCUAUAAAAAUAUUCUGAUGUAUUUCAAUCUUCUGUAAACAUUUGUAUCUUCAAACUGCAAGAAAGAGUUCCAGAGAUGGGUUAUCGCCAGCUCAAAAUCUUCAUAUUGAAGACCUUGGCUAGAUUUAGAAACUUCUGAGAACAGGCAAGUGGAAACAUGCCAUAUUGGGUUAGACAAGUUUGGUCACUCUAGCUAAGCUCCUUGUCUCUAAGAGUGGCUAAUAUUAAAAUGCUUGAGAGGAACAGGACAAUUAUCAUUUUAACGUCAUUCACAUUUUGUUCUUGGCAAUCAGAAUUCAUUUACAGUUUUAAAAUGAAAAAUACUGUUUCCCAAGGAACCUGCUUGCACAAGGUAACUUGAAACCUAGGGUUCACAAUUACAUUUGCCAGUGAGCACUUUAUUUGGGUGGGGGGUGUUUAGCAGAGGAAACAGUUUUUUAAAGUUGGCAAAACAAAAAUGUAGAGAGCGCCUUUGUUGUUGUUGGUGGGAUUAGUAUCAGGGAUUGCUACGCAAACACACUAUUCCCUACCCCAGUAAAACCCCUUUUCUGGGCAGGAAGUACCAAAGGGAUGUUUUGUUUUGAGAGGGAUAUUUGAGAAAAUCAAGCAUUAUGGGCUUCUAGAAACUAGCUGGCUACCUAAUCCAGGCCAAAUUUGUGGGACCCUGCUUGAAGCUGUGUGAAUAUUUGAUAUUUCAAGUCCAUAAACUUUCGGCACUUCUUGUUUUGUCAGUAAAUAAUACUUACCUUUUUCAUAACCAAUAAAGAUUUUAUUAUGUGAAUGGCCUGUGGCCCAAGCAUUAAUAAACUACAUGUACAUCAAACAUUUUAUUAGGGAAACUGAGAAACUCUUGUGGGGGGGGGGGGUAGGAAGCAAUGGAAGAGAAUGCACAUACAGUUUUAUGUUUUGUGAUAGGAUUUCAAAAGUUUUUCAAUUGAGUUGAAAGGAUUUGCUGCUUUCUUCUGCUCUGUAUAUGAUAUUCUAGUGCAAUAGCUACUCCUUUCGUACAGUUUAAAAAAACUUGGAACACAAUGAAUUUUUUUGUUUUAUUUUUUGUUUUAUUCUUCAUUGGUAUAUUUUGCAUUUCAAAGCUGAAAUUCAAAUGAAAACUUCAGUUUUACAUUUUGAAUUCUGGCAGACCACAUUCAGAUUCCACCUUCUAUUGUUCUAAUAUAUUUUGUUCUAAAUCUUUCCCUAUUUUUAAAAAUGAAAUUAGGAUCUUUUUAAUAUCCUCUUCACCUCCUCUACUGCUGCUUCCCCUGCUCUGCUAGCUCCUCUCCAUCUUGAGGUAACGGGCUCUAAAACUGUGGGGGUUUCUCCACGCCACUCAUUACUUGCGGCCUACACUCUGGAAAAAUCUGAGCCUCAUCUGUUUAUAGACCGACUAGCCAUAAAUCCAGCAGGCAUUUUGUGUCCCCAAAACCCUGGGCUGCUUUUCUGUUUGACUUAGUGGUGUUUUGUUUGGCACUUUAAGAAGUAUUGCUUCAAAGAAAAGUCCUCCUCAAGAGGGAACUGAAAGAUCACAGUGAGCCAGAAAGCAGCAGUGGAUUUUCAUUGUGUGUACCCACAAUGCAAGGCUUUCUUUAGGCAUUAAUGCCAUGUCAAAGAAGCAUAAGUUUUUGGUAGAGUAGUGCGUUUUUCCUUUGUGUCUGCAGUUUGUGUCUUUUGCAUAGAGCAGCUACCAUGUUGUCUAAUGUAUUCAUGGCCACAAGCAUGGCCACAUCCGCUUACCAAGGCCAAGUGUCCCAGCCCAACAGCAUGAAGGUCACUUGUUGAGUGCCUUGCCUCCAUUAGGCUCUCAGAUGCCUCAUGGUAUGAAGAGAAUAAGAGACAAGUGUUGUUUGGGGUGUUACAGCUUUUCGCAAGUGACAGGAAACCAUGCCUCUUCCAUAUGAGCCCUUUGCUCACCACCAAUUAUCCCUCAGUCCUUGAGCAUGUGCAGAGGGCUUGAGAAGGGUGGUGGGGGUCUGAUCUCAUUUGCUCUGAGAUUUGGAGAAGCUGAGAAACAUCAAGAGUGUCUUACACUGUUUUGGUAUUUUUGAGGAAAAUCUCACAUCUCUCCCAAGCCUUCUGCAUUUUCGCAAUGACUCUCUGUGCAGAGAAUUGGUGAUGAGCACAAAUAGGAGCUCGCUAGUAAGCCAAGUGGAAAUUUUGGAGUCUUUACAAAACCAUGCUGCCUUAUGCCACCCACAUUGCCUUCCACUAUGCCGUGGGUGAUCCUCAAGAAUACUACCUUUUUUCAACCAGUUCUAAGAGUUGAUGCCUCUAUGGCUCUUAUUUACAAAUGCUGGAUUCUGCUAGUGGGAAUUAUGGCUGGCUUCAUUCAGCAGAACCCUUAGGAGUUGCACCGACCCUUCUCCAAGGGCCCAUGGCAGAGAAUAGUAUCUGUACCUAAAUAUAGGAUCUUUGUCCUCAAAAUGACACGCUGAAGCUAUUUAAAGGUAUGGAGGAAUGAGUGGAAAUGAAAACACACACACACACACAAAAAUAACCACACAAAAGGGAACAGUUUCUCUUGCCCCUGUUGAGUCCACAGUUAGCAAGUGUCCAUGGCCAUGAUGUUGCUAUAGGUGUGCCAUAGGCUGUGCAUUAUCUGGAUGCAUCAAGCCCUGGCGAUCUACUUCCGUUGAGCCACUGCAUCUCUUACGGACCUUAAUAUGUUUGCUAUAAUGUUGUGCUGUCUCCAGGAGAUUCCUUUUGCAUCACUUUCUCAGAAAGAGAAAUGUAAUGCAUCAAUUCAGCAAUAGAACUUUCUCAUUUUAAAUAAGUCGGAGUUUAUUGUACUAUGAAACCUACCCAGCAGACAGUUACUUCUCUAUACAUUUUAUCCUUGGUCAUUGCAGUGAGCUCUUUAAUUAUUUCGCAAUGGCCAAUUUGCUAGGGAAGAUGGAAGGCGUUCUUAGCUAAUAAAUUGAGCUGAUGACCAUUGAAAUAGAGUGGUGCAGUCUGCUCUAAGCUGAAUAGUACAGUGUUCAUCAAAGGCAGUAGAAGAGCAUUUCUGAAUGAUUAUCAGAGGGGAGCUUUUCCCAACACGGCAAGAAAUAUUUUAAAAGAGAAAGAUUGUGGUGCUAUAUUUAGCCACUGGCUACUACCAAGGGAGAGAGAAGCACAUUCUUUUUUUUAAGCGGAAGGAAAUAGAGGUAUCCAACUAGAUUUUACAAAUUUUCUUUCAUGCCUUCACAUUUGAAACAUUUUCUCCUGCAGCUCUAAUUGCAUCUCUUAACCCCAGUCUUCAAUAUACACAAUUUACAUACACCUUCACUUGGCCAAACACUUUGUGUGUGUUUCACAUGCAUAUCUUUUAAUGUGCCUAAAAAGGAGAGCCAGGCAGUGUGGUGUUGUGUGUUGGACUUGCAUUUGUCCAUUCAGCCAUGGAUCUCCUUGGGCUCUUGUGGACUUAUAUACUUUGCGUGGUAGUUGUAUGAUCUAGGGCAGCCUUUCUCAACCUUGGGUCCCCAGAUGUUGUUGAACUACAGCUCCCAUCACCCCUAGCUAGCAAGGCCAGAGCUCAGGGAUGAAGGGUCUUGUAGUCCAACAACAUCUGGGGACCCAAGGUUGAGAACCGCUGAUCUAGGGAGAAUCACCCAUGUGUUGCUGUCAAGCUCCUGAGGGGAAGAAUGAGACGUAAAGUAUACGUCAGCCUUUCCCAGCUUUCUGUCCCUCCAGAUGUGUUGUAUUCCAAAAGAUCCCAGCUGGCACAGUCAAGGUGGCUGGGGCUGAUGGGAGUAGGAAUCAUCCAGCGCAUCCGGAAUACACCAUGUUGGGUAAGGCUGAUAUACUCACUAAAUGAAAAUAGAUGAUAGAAACUUUUAUCUUUCUCCUCAAAUAAAUACUUUAUAUUAAAAGAAUUUCUGCAUUUUAGUACUGUAAAAUAAGCCAGGACCCCAGAAUAGUCUGGAGUGUUAAAGAAGAAGCAAUAACUGAGCCAUAAUCCUUCCCCCCUCCCCCACUAUAAAAAGGACUCCUCAGCCAUUUCCCCAGGGGAGAUGGUUUUGGUUCUAGAGUUCUGGCUAGCUUCCAUCUUGAUGAAUAAUAUAUUGUUAGUGAUAUAUUUGGCUCACUCUCAGUUCCCACUUACAAUCAGGAAAAUUAUUUUUGCUUUCAGUUCCUUUAAAUGGUGCAGCUUUCCAGCCCAGUGUUGCCAAAUCUGCUGUCGCACAAAAUAUGCUGGUGUAGUGGUAGGCUCUGGGGGUCGCAGGUUGUAAUACAUUGUGGUGAUUGUUAAAAAAUCGCAGCUUGGAAGGAAACUUAUUUAGUCACUGCAGUGUUGCAUCCUUCAUUGAAGCCAACUGAGAAAUGGAAAAUGAAUGUCUAGCUUUUCCCAGGAUGCUUUUUUGUUUUUUGGUAUUUUAAUUAAAUUACCCUGUUAUUUGAUGAAACAUAGUCCAUUUUUUGUUGAGCUAAUUCUUCAUUGCCUUGUACUGCAAGCACUUGUUUGAACAGAUGUAUACUAAAAGCCUCACAGAAUCAAAAGACCUAGGUAUUUUGGAAGCAGAUUAAUUCAUUGUGAAUGAGUUGAUAUGCUUUGGCUCCGUGAAUUACUCAGUGAAUAGAUAUGUUGAAAUGAUUUACAAUGUUACAGGUGUCAGUGUUUUUAGUGGGAAGAAAUGCAGUUUAAGAAACUAGUCAUUUGAAAAAUGCUAAAGUCUAUACAGCAAUUACCUGAUGACAUCUAUAAUGGAAUAAUAAGCUAUUCUGAUAUUUCAGAAAGAGACUGGAAGCAUCUGAAAAUUUAUUGUGUUGGCUACUCUUAAGGCUUACCUCUUUGGUUCUUAUGACCACUGUUUUUAAGUUCUGUAUCAAAUAGUCACUUUUUGCAUGGUUAAGGCCUACAUAUAAAUUUAAGAUUUCAAUAAAUAUUAAGACUAUGGAGAUUGGCAUGGUGUGGGCAGGGGCAGGGAGGAAAGCCUGAAAUAUAAAGAGAAUACAUAGUCUCCUGUCAAAGCUAAACUUGCUUUAUUGCACUAAGCAACAUGUUUCCAACAGCACAAGGAUUUUCCCUUCUCCCCUGACACAGGAUGUGUUACGAUAGAGAAGCAAUGCGGCCACGAGCUGCUAGCUUGAAAACAGCACAUGAUGGAAUGUUGGGACUGUUCCGUGGGAAACAGAGGGACAGUCAGUUCACAGUGCAGAGGGCACCGGAAUUAGCUCAGAGUGUAAUAUGAGCUGUACAGGAAGUACAGGAGGAGUUUGUCUCUCGACUGCUGGAGCUUGAAGAGAGCAGUCAUGAUUUUUGUAACGCUGCAAAGACAGAAAUAAAGGAAUGUAAAUAUGUUUCUGUCUAUCUCUUUCCCCUGCCUGGGGGGGCAGGAAAGAGGGGUGUGUGUUCUUCUCACUCUGAGAAGGAUCGCCUAUCGCGACCUCUGCCUGGAUCCUGCUGGGGAAUGCAGACAGGGAGGUCAACAGGAGAUCAAGCCGGGUGCCUGGAGAGUGGCCAGUUUCUCCUGAUAAAGGCUUGAAUCCCAACAGGAUGCACGCGAGUGAAGGAGAGUGGGGAUAUACUGCUACUGUAUCUUGCACCAGCACAACAGUUUUGUUGGCUACUACUGAUGUACCAGAUUUUACUGUUUGAUAUAUUUAUGAAAUUUGUAAACCCAUGCAUAUUUGUACAAGCAAGGUGGGGAAUGUAUGCAAUGCUAGCUAGAGAGAUGGGUGCAGACUGCUCUGUCCUAUGCUACUUAAGUGCUUGCAUUAGUGGAAAAUAGAAACCACAAAGUUGGUAAUAAAGUAAAGUAAGUAUAGUAUUGGGGCUGAAACUGUUUUGUAUAGCAAGCCACCAAAUCUCUGCUAAUCCUUAAUAUUGUAUGUUACACUUUAUAGCAACAUUGAAAACAUUUGGAUGUUGUGUAUGCCUUUACCAUAGUGUCUACACAGGAUUAACAUUUGCUGAUAUUGUAGGUCAGGAGUGGGGAAACCUGUGGCACUCCAGAUAUUUUUAGCCUCCCAGCUCCCAUCAGUCCCAGCCAGCAUGGGCAGUGGCCAGGGAAAAUGGGAAUUGGAGUCCAACAACAUCUGAAGGUUAGCUACCCUGCUGUAGAUUGUUUUGCACAAAGGUUUAUGCGCUACAUAUUUGUAGUGAGGAAAACCUUGUCUUAUGAGCAUUCCAUUCAUUCCAAAGUGUAUAUAUUUCAUAGCAGUUCUUUUUUUCUAGUACAGUGGUACCUUGGUUCUUGAACUUAAUCUGUUCCUGGAGUCCGUUUGACUCCCGAAACGGUUCAAAAAUCAAGGUGCAGCUUCCGAUUGGCUGCAGGAGCUUCCUGCACUCAAGCAGAAGCCGUGUCGGAUGUUCGGCUUCCGAAAAACGUCCACAAACCAGAACACUUACAUCCAGGUUUGCAGCAUUCGGGAGCUGAUUUGUUCGGUAACUAAGCCGUUUGGGAACCAAGGUUUGACUGUAUUUCUCAAUCGGAAGCAUUGAAAAAAUACUCAAGUUGGUCAGGGGAGAAGGUAAGGGUGCAUUAUUGGGAGAAGUAUCCAACUCUAGAAUAUAUGUGAGGUUGUGGAUCUUCUUUCUGAUUAUAGAUGAAACAUGGGCCUGGCAUUAAAUUGGCCUUCUCCAACCUGGUGCCCUCCAGAAGAUGUUGGACUACAACUCAUAUCAUCCCUGACCAUUGGCCAUGUUAGGUGGAACUGAUGAGAAUUUUAUUUCAACACCACCAGGUUGGGGAAGGCUGUGUUCAUGGCUUCUCAGGAGUGGGUGGGGUGUCUGUAUUUUCCAAAAUGGAUGAGUAGAGUGAUCCUUCCUCUUGCACACUCAAAUCUCCUCUUAUUUUCCCAUAGCAUCCGAUAAUAGCCAGCGGUUUCGGGAAACCUGCUUUGCAUUUGCCCUGACUCCACAGCAAGUGCAGCAGAUCAGCAGUUCCAUGUAAGUGGUAGUGAUCUUUUGACACCUUUUAGUCCUGUGCAUCUGAAUUCUGAAAUGCAUAAACCAUUUUAGAGUGUGCGGGCGUGUGCGUGUGCGUGCGUAACUGUAAGACUGAAAAAAAAGACAGAUGUUUGGAAUUUAAUAACCGAAAGUGAGCUAAAAGAGAGUGGUUAGAGUAGAAGUGCAAGGGAGAGCUACAGUAAUUUGGAAAAGGGUUUUUCUGUAUGAGUAAAUCAGGAGGGAUUUGGAGAUGGAGUGUGGGUCAUGGGAGCGAGGACAUAUUUUUAUUUAUUUACAUGUUUUAGGGGUUUAUACCCUGCCUUUCAACAAACCAAAAUUAGAAGAAGAACUGUUAAAUCAUGCAACACAGUGACCCACUGGUCCCAUAGUAUAGUCUGAAGGCACGUGAGGCCACCACCUGUCUGCAGCUAAGCAGGUCCAGGUCUGGUCAGUUCCUGGAUGGGAGACUACUUGGGAGCCGCAACUUUGCUCCCUUGGAUUCCAUGUCAGAAGAAAGGCUGGAUAUAAAAUGUAAGAAAAUAGGUAAGUAAGUAAGCAAGCAAGGAGUGUCAGAGCAAUCAGUAGAAUUAAAAUAGGUUGGAUUAAAAGGCUCAGGAAAAUAAAAGAGUUUGCCUGGUGAGCCUCCCAAGAUGGAUCCCAGGCUUUUUGAGUGUGUUGAAGUGUAGGCCUGUUUCCCAAAGCAGCAUAUGAAAGCCAUUGCCUGAGUCGUUUAAUGAGUGCUGGCCCAAAGCUGUCUUUAUGGAAUUGCUAUUAUGUGUUCUGUUUGUAUAAUUGGGCAAAGUGAUACAAGUUACAGGAAGCACUGCAGAGGUCAAUUGCCCAUGAGCUACUGGAUCAGAUCAAAGUUUCAUUUGCUCUAGCAUCCUGCAAAGGUUGGUGUGUGUGUGUGUGUGUGUGUGUGUGGACAGUAAGGUAUGAUCCUGGCAAAUAAGGCCAGUUCUGGUCAGUGACUCAGCAUAGACUGUGAGUGGCAUGUUUAACUUUUCAGACCUUUAAAUACUCAGAUCUUGCAUUGGUUUAUUGUAAUGUACAGUCUUUAACUGAUGUCUAAUGUCUUUGCUAGGGAUAUUUCUGGAACCAAAUGUGACUUCACUGUGCAGGUCCAGCUAAGGUAUUGUUUCCCUACAAUUCAGUCUUUGUUUUGGUGGACUUUGCCCCCCCCUUCGCUUAAAUUCUCUACCAAGGAAGGUUGAGAUUUGCAUAUAUGAUCAUGCUUAUUUUACAUAAAUUUUAUUUGCUAUACCUCCGGGUAUAGGGUGGUAUAUAAAUUAUUAUUAUUAUUAUUAUUAUUAUUAUUAUUAUUAUUAUAUUACUACUACUACUACUCUGUUUCCAAUAAUUGUGGAAAGAAGCACAAUAACUCUAUGCACUGUAAGCUCCAUGCACCCCCCCUUCCUGGUAAUAUUGGUAAACAGAGAAGCAGCAGCUCCUCAUUACUUCCUAUGUUGCUUUUACUUGCCUGUGGCAGAAGAAUUGGCUGCUGCUUUGAUUAAUUCUGUCAUUAUCUGCCAGAGGAGGACUUGCACCUUGGGGUGUGUGUGUGUGUGUGUGUGUGUGUGUGUACGCACGCACCUUCAGGGGAGAGGCUGUAUGUGUUGUGGUUGAGAGUGCUUGAUGCAGCCCAGUGACCAUUUCUAAAUCAAUGAGACCUAAAGCCCCAGAAUGAUGCUCUAUGCUAGUAGCUAUGCCUCUUGAUAUCUGUGUGUCUUAAUUGCAUCUGACACGCUUCUCACUUUACUAGCCCCUGAUUCACUUGUGGCCCCACAACUCCUCUUCCCUCUUUCCACCCUGAAACAGGAUCUGUGUUGAAUGGAUUCAAGAAAGACAGAGACAGGGAAAGAUUGUUCGCUUCUACUGUGCUUUCUGCUUCACACCUUCAUGUGCAAACAUUAGCCUUUUAUAUCCAUGUCUGAGUUUCAGAUUGAACUAAAGGCAGGUGAUGGGGGAAAUCUAAACUUCACCCUCUUUCCAUCCCCCAAUUUGCUAGCUGUUGAUUUAUUAAUGUGGGGUAUAAUUGAGUCUGCUCAGGGCAUGUAAUUUCAUUCAUUCUGUUUAGUGAUGUUUGUGAAAGGGUUGUAGCAGCCUCUUCCUCUGAAUUCAGCCCUCUGCCUCUUGAGGUCUGAUCUUUCUUUUGUCAGCAUCUUGGAUAGGGAGGUGCCUGCAGACCCACAGAGGAGAAUCUAGCUUGUGCAGCAAGCACUGAUAUCAGGAAGAUGAAUGAAUUGGAGUGUGGCUGAACUGAAGCUCUAGAAUCUUGACUGUGUGCACCAGCAGUAAUUAGAGAGAGCUUCAGCCGCGGCAGCUGUGGAGGUGGAAGAGGGAACAAUAGGAAGGAAUAUCGCCAUUGGUUGUAAGCAGCUUUCAUAGGACUAUGUUAGGUGGAAGAAGCCUGUGACAGGCUGCCUGCGGCACGAGCCCUUAACCACAGGGGUUACAUGCAGGAUCCAUGGUGGAAUCUAGGGGAUGGCUCAGAAAUACUUUUUAACGGCUUUCUGUUUUACUCUGUAGUUUAGUUGGGUGCACCAUCCAGAGAAGUUUUAUGAUAUGAGGUGGCAUACAAAUGACAUAAAUAAAAUUUGGUUGGGGGCUUUAAGCAAAUCCUCUUCCCAAUGGUGUCGAUACCUUUUUAGGUCAUCCAAUGAUUGAACUAGAGGACAUGGCACUCUGAUGUGCAUACAACAGGUGUUUCCCCAUUUUUGUCCUGGGGUGGGGACUGCUCCACACAAUCUGUGGAAGCCUCCAUACAUGGAUAAGAGUGUGUCUUUUCAGAAACAUCUGUCAUUCAGGGAAUGAAGCUUUUGUGCUCCCCCCUGGGGGACCCAGUCUUGCUUCUCUUCCAAUAGGAGUCUGUAGCCUGUCUGAUUUAUUAGCUUUUGAGCUCCCCAAGUUUCAAAGUCUGAAAUAUUUAAUUCAGAUUAUACCUUACACACUUGGUAAUUGGAUGCAAAAUAAGAUGUAUGUAGAUUUUCUUAGCUUACAUAAUUGUGUUUUUCUUUCUUUCUUGGAGUGGGGUCUAUGCCACCAUACUGACUCACGUAAAGUUGUGAUUGUGUAUGUAAAGUGAGAAAUUGUGGGCUUACUGUACAGUGAUAGAGCUGGUGGAAGCAUAGCUGUCUGGCCUGGGCUGAUGGUAUUUGUUGUCAAAACUAUCUGGAGGGCAUCAGAUUAGUGAAGGCUGCAUCAAAGCACUAUGGGACACUGGCUCACAGAUAAUGAUAUUUCCCCAUGUCACUUGUAGUAUUUACAGACCCUGUAUAGAAUUUAAUAUAAAAUGUCUGUGAACUCACUGUCUUGUCUUUAGGUUUUGCUUAUCUGAGACCAGCUGCCCACAGGAAGAUCACUUCCCACCAAAUCUUUGCGUGAAAGUUAAUGGAAAACCAUGUAGCCUUCCUGUGAGUAUCCUCAGAAAUUUGGCCAAUAGUUAAAGAUGCUUUCUUGGGGGGGAAAAAGAAAUUGUUUGGGGGAUAUUGAAGUGAAUAGUGGCAUCUUGAAUUGCACCGGAUAAUUCAAGGCAAUGCUACCGAAGUCUUGUAUUGAAAGAUUCAACAAGUGACAUACAAGAAAAGCAAAUGAGCUCUUCUGUGACUCCCACUUAUCAAUAUUUCAUUGCCAUUUGCCAUUUACACCCUCACUCACGUAUAGUCUGGGGUCUAGGGAAAUUUAAAGAGAGCAGGAGUGGGAGAUCCUGAGAGGGACUUUGGAAUCGUUUUACUCUGUCCUUCCUGCCCAGUUCGCUCCUCCUCCUGAGAGGUUAUAGGAGGAUAUCGGGGGCUGGAUGUUGUUUCCCAUUCAUUAAGAGAUGGAAGGCAGUGAGUAAGGGGAGGCACUGGUCAUUGGGCAUCAUGUGCCUGUGUCUCAGCCUCAGUUCCCUAUCAAUAAAAGGGGUAUGACUGACUUCUGGAAGGUCGUUCAAGGUCAAACAAGGUGGCAAAAGAGAAGUUGCUUUGCAUAUUCAUGGUGAUGUGUGUGUUGUUUCAGGGCUAUCUUCCACCAACCAAAAAUGGGGUUGAACCAAAGCGACCUAGCAGACCAAUCAACAUCACCUCACUUGUGCGGCUGUCCACGACAGUACCAAACACAAUCGUUGUCUCGUGGACUGCAGAAAUAGGAAGAGUGAGUUACAGUUGGCUAUCAGAAGGUUGGGUGCGGGGGUGUGGUGGGGCUGUGGCUGUAUGCAUCUGGAAAAAAAUCAUGGAAUUUGACUAGAACUGUCAAGAUUUAAUGCCUUUGUGGAAAUCUUUCUGUAGUUUCUUACGCUUUUAUGUACUGACUAUAUCUUAGUUUACCUUGCUACAUUUGAGUAGGGACCCUGAAUGGACUGUAUGUCGACAUGUAAGAGUGAUAUGGAAUAUAGACAGAUUUAUUUAUUUGUUAAAUUUGUUAGUUGUUUACGAAAAAAGAUACAUAAAUUAAAACCAGGGUGGAAAAACCAUUAAAACGCCCCGUGCAUUCUAAAAGACCACGUACAGUUAAAAGUCAAAGAUCUGGUUAAAAUGAAAUGUUUCUGCCUGGUGCCUGAAAAUAUUCAGCAAUGGCACCAGAUGAACUUCCCUGCAGAGAGCAUUCCACAGAUUGGGAGCCACCACUGAAAAGGCCCAUUAUUUUGUUGUCACCCUCUGGACCUCCCAUGGAAGUCCACGGAAAAGGGCUUCAGAUGUUGAUUGCAGGUUCCAGGUUGGUUCAUAUGGGGAGAGGCAGUCCUUGAGUUAAUGGGUCUGAGCCACAUAAGGCUUUGUAGGUCCUUGAUUGAGGAACAGAAAGCUGAGAUAAAGAGAUGGAGAAAGGAUGUCAAUACUGGAUUUCCAAAGACUUACUGUAAGCAAAAGAAGAAGCAAUCCCAAUGCCAUUGCUUGACUCCAUGCAGUUAACAUUUAGAGCCCCCACAUCAAUUAAAGGGUCAUAGAGCUGCAUGGCACAUUCAGUCUGGUAGCCACAAGACUCAAAACAUGAUUGCCUUCCGGAACUUGUAAUUAAUUCUACAAGGUCUCAUAGUGGAUGUUAGUAUUUGCAAUACCAUCUGAGACUUUCAAACACAGAUUUCCAGUCUGGAUCAACCUAAUUCAGGUAAAGGCAUAAUAACCUUGUUCCAGCUUCUAUGCCAUGUGACUUCUCUUCCCCACCCCCCAAAAUUUGCAUCAAAACUUGCUGUGGGCAAGUUCCACGCUCUGUAGAUUCAAGCUGUCAGUAAAUAAUGCUGUUAAUUAGCAGCUCUUGUCUUUUGCCCUAAUUGAAGCAUUAAAUAAACAUGUAGCCCUCUACAAGUUUGAUGGGGAAAACGUUUUUAAUAACAUACUAAGCAAUGCUUAAUAAAGAAAGGUAUGAGUUUGUUAUAUCUGGCACUUCUUUUUUUUUUAAAAAGCAAUGGUAUCUACAAUUGUGGAAUCAUAAAGCUGGACAGAAUUGGAUUCAGAUUCCAGCAGGAUCCUUUGUGCUUCUAAAGACCCUUGCCUUGAGAGAUUUGAGCUCAGGAGAACAAGGCUUUUAGAUCAGAGGAUGUAGCUUCUAGGCAGCCCUGAGUCCCCAGGUUAAUUUUUUAAAAUUAACCACUAUCACCCUCCUCUGCUUUCAACUCGUUUUGAGGCUUUCAGGCAGGGCAGCAGGAGAUUUAGCUCUAAUGUCUCUAGCAAAGACAGCUUGUUUGGAGUUCUUAAAAGUACCGUAUUUUUCGCCCCAUAGGACGCACCGCCCCAUAGGACGCACCUAAUUUUUUAGGGGGGGGAAAUAAAGAAAAAAAUUUUUUUCCCUCCCCAGGCACGGGGCAGGCGCGGGGGAAGCCCGAGCUUCCCCCGACCCCAGCCCCCAGAACAGCCUGCUAUCUGCAAGCCUAGGGAACCGAGCCGAUCUCCCCAGGCUUGUGGAGAGGUGCGCGAAGCCCGGGCGUGCUCUUCAGAGCGCACCAGGCUUCGGAAUGCAGGCAGCUCUGCGCUACUCUCCGGAGCCCCGCGCGGCUUCGCGCCGGGAUCGGGAGGGUGGCGCGGAGCUGCAGGAAGCCCUGGAGCGCAGGCAGCUCCGCGCUACCCUCCAGAGCCCCGCGCGGCUUCGCGCCGGGAUCCGGAGGGUGGCGCGGAGCUGCAGAAGCCCUGGAGCGCAGGCAGCUCCGCGCCACCCUCCGGAGCCCCGCGCGGCUUCGCGCCGGGAUCCGGAGGUUGGCGCGGAGCUGCAGGAAGCCCUGGAGCACAGGCAGCUCCGCGCCACCCUCCGGAGCCCCGCGCGGCUUUGCACCGGGAUCGGGAGGGUGGCGCGGAGCUGCAGGAAGCCCGGGAAAGCCUGCAUUCGCCCCAUAGGACGCACACACAUUUCCCCUUCAUUUUUGGAGGGGAAAAAGUGCAUCCUAUAGAGCGAAAAAUACGGUAAUUUCUGCUACACAGAACAAUGCACUGUUGGUCAAACCUUCAUAGCAUAUACAGAGGGAGGAGCACACCAACAACAGAAAGGUGGGAAAGCCAAUAAGGUGCACACAUAUUUUGAUAAGAAAUCAGCAUCUUCAGCUGUCUUUAUUGGGGCUGUGGAACCCAAGCUUUAAAAGUAAAUAAACUUUUCGACUUCAUCACUAAAAAUUCAAUGCCUCCUUUAAUGGAAUGUCAUCACAGCCAACAUCUUGAACAGAAGGAGUGACGAUAGGAACCCACUAACAUACCAGCUUGCCUCAAUAGCUGAGUCUCUUGAAGAAUCAGGUUUUUCUGUUUCCUGGAAAAUGUAAUUGGCAAACUAAGAGUACUGUGAUGUCCAUGGCUUCAGAAUUGGCUAAUUUUAUAUAGGUGAAUUCAAAGAGAAAUUGAUUUGUUCACCUGACAAUCUAUUCAUUGACACUGUUAAAUGGUGGUGACGUAUAUAGGUUUUUCUACUUUGGAAGUGGAUGUUUCUGUACCAUCUGCUUAUUGUAUUUGGAUUAGCUGAAUAGAUAAUUUUAUUUUUCGCUUCUGUUGUAUUCUGAGAGUAGCCAAAUUAUUUUUAGAUGUUUAUGCCAAAAAGAAUGGCAGAUAUAGAUAAUAAAUAAAUGAAACUGCCAAUUUCUUCUUUGACGUUACAAAUCAUUUUCCAUAUAGUCACUAUUUACAGCAUAGGAAUUCUGUAAGACAGUGCUAGCAGGCUUGCAUUUGGAGUAAAUCAAUAUAUUUAUUACUUUGUUUCUGAUGUAACAGAUUUACUUUUUAAUUCCCCCACAUUGAAGAGAUGUUUAAAUUAACUUUGCUGUCAGUGCCAAUACAUUUUGAAGCUGUUUGUAAACCACAAUUUUUACAUUGUUCAAUGUUAGUGUUGCAUCUGCUGGUACAAGAAUAUCUUUCUUAAGCACAUUAUAAAAUAUAAAAUAACUUUAUGUUUUAAAUGUUAUUAGAGAUAAUGGGCUUGUUUUGCCCUUGAUUGUUGUUAAUUUUUUUUACAAAGUGUUUUUAUAGGAAUAUAUUGUAGGAGUAAUACAUGCUUAUGGUUAGUAUUUUUAAAGCUUCUUUUACAUUUGUGAUAUGCUUGUAACUGUACUUACACCUUAUGCCUUUAUGUCUCCUCCAAAGAUUUCAGUAUGCCAUUGUUCUGUCUGCCUGCCACACUGUGAUCAGUUGGUAGAUUUUGGAGUGGGGAAGGGGAACAUGCUGAGUUUCCCUAAUGGCCACAAUUGUUGAGUUAGUCAUUGCAAUAUUAUUAUCAUUGGGCGAUAGUAAGUCUCAUUUGGAUGGACUUUUUUUGGUGUUCUCUUGUUCCAAAUUCACUGCCAACUGUGAGUUGAUAAGGUUCAUGCAGGGCAUGCUUACUCUUAUCCUGAUUUUUCACACAAGUUCUGUCUUUCGACCCUGAGCAAAAAAGUAAAAGUGCCUGCCAUUUCCCCCCCUGCUGGAACUGUGUAGACAUAAAUGAGAGUUGUGUUACACACGUUGCCAGUGAAUUUUGCCUUUGGUUCCUGAGGGCUGAAAAAACAUGGGUGGGUGGGAUUUGGACACAUUAAAAUAAGACACAUCCUCAUUGGCCAAGCUGAUUCUCAUUUGUUCUUGCUUUUUUUCUAUUCAGAAUUAUUCUAUGGCGGUCUACCUUGUCAAGCAACUGUCUUCUACAGUCCUGUUGCAGAGGUUACGAGCGAAAGGCAUCAGGAAUCCUGAUCAUUCUAGAGCACUAAGUAUGUCCACUUCAUGCAUAUUCCUAAUAUAAAUGUCCAGAUUGAUAGACACAGUGAUAGUUAAUGCUGCCAUUUGUGAUGAGGGCUUGAAAUGUUCAAGGUGUCCAGAAUGAAGGUUCUCUCCACGCUCUGAUAAUUCUGCCGCAUCUGGGGUCCACAGUUUCUUUGGAGCCCAGCUCUUAAGUUUCCUUUGCAAAGAAAAAACCUCAGAAUAUAAAGCCUCCUGAACUGGAGUGGGCUGGUCUGCAUGCUGUUUUUUGGGGGUUGCUGAAUCUUGGAAGUGAAUGUUUGAGUGUGUGUGCUGGAUUUAGGAUUACCCUUUAUGCAGCCAAUGAAGUGGACUCUGGUCCACAAAAACUUAAGUCAUAAUGAAUUUGCUAGUCUCUUAGGUGCCGCAAGAUGCUUUAUAGUUCUUUCUGGGUUGGUGUUCAUUCCAGACCUUUCUCUCCUUUUGCUCAUUAGUUGGUCUCAGUCUAGGACCGUUUCUGCCUCCAUGACUUUCUCUUCCUUUCCCACCUUCAGUAUCCCAUGGGUGAAAGGUCAGUGCCUGGUGUCUUGCUGUUCUUCCACCUGCCAGCUGAUCUUGGGGCUUCUAAGGUGGCAGAACUUCCUAACUCCACCUACAGCAAGUGAUGGUUUCUCCAGUUAGGAUUCCUGUGCUGCUGAUCUUUCCAGCCUUGUUAACCAAUGUGCCUGAUGGACCUUUUAAUAGUUUUUCUGUUCCUCUCCCCACCCCCAUUUCUUCUUUCCUUGACAGUCAAAGAGAAACUAACUGCAGAUCCUGACAGUGAAAUAGCAACAACCAGCUUAAGAGUUUCUCUUCUAUGCCCAGUAAGUCUUAACUUCCCUAAAGUGGCUUUAUUUGCUGUAGCAAUGCCAAUUUGAAUAGAAGUUGAAAACCCAAGGUUAAUUGAUGCAAAGGGUCUUGGUGUUCAGAAGGGCAGAAGUCUGAAACUGGCAAUAUCCUCUUGUGAGAAGGCCAGGUAAUUGGUAUGGAGCAGUCUCCCAUAGCCUACAGCUCUUGUCAGCCUCAGCUGCCUGUAAAAUGGGGCAGAAUGUUUCAAGUCAAACUUUAGCAGGAAGGAUCUCUUUCCACUGUGAAUGUCAGAGACAGCCUUGUCCAAGUUGCUGUGCCCCUUGCUGGACGUUGCAGUCCAGCAACAUUGGGGGGGGGCGCACCCAAAGGGUAGCCAACCCUGUCCUAAAGCAACCUCAUUUUCCUGCUACCUGAUAGUGGGGCAUCAUUGCCAGUUCUUGACUUGUAAAUGGGACAGAUAAUUUAGCUUAGAUGUAUCAGAGGCUGUCUUUCUUCAUGCUGAAUGUGACUGAUAAUUCUGUAAGUUGCUUUACAGAGGUGAGAGGUAUUUUUCUCAGAGCACACAAUCCCAGAGAUGAAACCUGUGAUCUCUGAGGCUGUGAAAAUGGUUCUGUAGUGUAUGGUUUUUGAAAUAGGACUUGGACCAAAUUGUGACUUGAGAUAUUGGACAAUAUUUACACCAGAGGUGUUGAUCGAAGAGACUCCACUGGGAAGAUCAUAUUGGGGAGGUGGACUGGAUUGCUACUCAUGCAGACAAUGGAAGGAGAGUGUGCCUUCCACUCUUAUGUGUAACCUGAAUCUUUUGCUUGACUUACCUGGAGUUAUAUGAUUUAAAAAUGCACCUCUCUUAAGCAGAGUCCUUUGUUCUUUUUUUGUAAAUCAUGGCAUAAAAAGAAUGCUUUCGCUUUUUAUUUUAAUAGCUUGGUAAAAUGCGGCUGGCGAUACCCUGCAGAUCCCUGACUUGUUCACAUCUGCAGUGCUUUGAUGCCACUUUGUAUAUUCAAAUGAAUGAGAAGAAACCCACCUGGGUUUGCCCUGUGUGCGACAACAAAGCUCCUUACGAACACCUAAUAAUUGAUGGGUAAGUACGUUUUGGAAGCCAGUAAAAGCUGGGUAUAGUGAAGCAAGUAAUGUGUCUGGAAAUAUUUUUGCCCUUUUUGUAAAGGUCUGAAACCACUAAAGUUGUGCUUGUGUGUUUUUGCCACCUCUGAGGGAUUUCAGAAGCAUGAAUGUUCCUUAUGUGCAAAUUCCUCCACCCUUUCUGGGUGAGUUUCUAAGGAGGCUCUUUUUUAAUAGGUUGUUUAUGGAAAUCUUGAAAUACUGCACAGAUUGUGAUGAAAUUCAGUUUAAGGAAGAUGGAACCUGGGCUCCUAUGAGAUCAAAAAAAGAGGCACAAGAGGUGACUGCAUCUUUUAAUGGAGUGGAAGGUGAGUUACUGAAGUCUAUUUGCUAAACUGUUGCUCCCGCUUUCUGACUUUUUCAUUUUCUCCUCUUUGUUCUGGCUCAUGAUUUUGGUGCUUUGUAAGUGUGUAAUUCGUAAGUGCAGACCUUACAAUGCUAUCAAGUCCUCUUGAGGCACACUGUUCUGGAACAGGUUGAUUAUCUAGAUCAGCUUUGGGUUGAUUUGGAGACCUCCAGAUGUUUUGGAUUACAACUCCUUUCAGCCCCCAGCAUCGUAUGGCUGUUUAACUGUAUUUUAACACACACACACACACACACACACACACACACACACGUUGCAAUUACCAAUUGGGACUUCAGCACUGGACUGGUCUCUUUCUAGGUUGCUUAAGUUCUUCUGUGGAUCAUCAAGUGUCCUCUCAUCAGUCAAGCAAAAAUAAGAAAGUUGAGGUGAUUGACUUAACCAUUGACAGCUCAUCGGAUGAAGAAGAGGAGGAGCCAUCGGCCAAGAGGAGCUGCCCUUCCCUGUCUCCUGCAUCACCCAUUAACAAUAAGAGGUGAGGAGACACUUAGCUGCCCUGGGAAGUGGUGGGCUGCAGCUCAGAGCCCUCGAUGUGAUGCUGUGUAGGCAGAGCUCACUGUUUCAUUUCAUGGAACUUGUAAGCCAUCAAAACCUUUCAACUUAAAAGCAUUGGAUUGCAUUCAGCUGAAGUUAUGUUCCGAGAAGACUCUCUGAAAUUAAUGGACCUUGGUCAGUCAGAUCCAUUCAUUUCAAUAGGCGUGUUCUGAUUAUGAGUAACAUGGAAUGCAGUCAGUGGCAUUUUAAUGGCAAAUGUGACCCUUCUGUUGCUUCUUUUUCCCAUAAGAAAGAAAGUUGUUACGGUUCUGGCAAAAAAGACUGUAUCCAAUGCAUUUUUACAACAAAUAAUAAUUGAGAAUUUCCCUGAGGCAGUACAGUUUCUGGACCUAUAACAAGUAUUGGGGCAAUUGUGGAAGCUAGAUGACACCUCUGACAUUGUAACCAAGGUGAUUAGCUAAUCAAAAUACAAUAGGGUAUUGGCAUGACUGUAUUUAAUAUAACAAUAUAUUUUGUUUUGGAAAGCGUGGAACUACCCUACUUCAAAAAAUUGCCUUUAAGGAUGAACUAACUGUACAGAGUCUUUUAUGGCUAAGUUGCAUGAGGGAGGGGGGUGGUUUCUGUUAUGUGUGACUUUUUGUCUUGAGUUUCUAUAAACAGGAAGUCUGAACUAGUUCACUCCCUGCCUCUACCCCUACCUUGCUGAAAUUACAGUGCCCGUUUCCAGUUGCUGGAAUACUUAAAGGAGGCUGGGAGUAUAAAACCAAGUGAGAUUUGAACCCCAAGCCUUCAGAGGUGCUCUCAGAUAUCUUCAAGUAUUUCAUUUCUGAGCUGUGCAUAAGAGCUUGCCAUUGCUUGCUCACCUGUCCCUUUCUGGUGAAUAAAAAUUGCCCCCAGGUGACUAAAUCCUCCACCAGCCCCAGUUCUGGAAACAGAAGCACGUGAAAGAGCUCUUAGGUUCUCCUCUCCCUGCAGUUAAUGUUUGGCAGAGGCCUGUGCUGCAGAAAUUAUUCAUGAGGGUUACAUACAUCAACAGGAUGCUGGACAAGGUGAGCCAUUGGCCUGAUCCAGCAGGCCCUUCUUAUGUUCUGAACUGUGGGCCUCAGGAUGGCAAGCAGGCGGUGCAAAAGCAAAAGGCAGGGUGAAAAGGACUUUGCAAGAGAACCUCAGGGUUAUUAGUGGCAGUAGUAUAUAUGAAAAAUCUAGCUGCAUCAAACAUUUGUCAGAAGGCAUGAAGUGAAAGGACCACAAAUGCCCAGCUCUGAACCCCAGGUUCUGUCUGUCUGGGAUACUGCAGGAGGAGUCUGCAGGCCCCAUCUUCUAAACUCAGGCUUCUGCUUCUGCUUCUUAGCAUUUCAAGUAUGCCGCAUCAAGUCUCUCCUGUUUCAAGAACCCCGAGCCUUCCGGCUGUUGACACAAGCUACAUCAACACGUCACUUAUACAAGACUACAGGCACCCGUUCCAUAUGACACCCAUGCCUUACGACCUCCAAGGUAGGUUUCUGACAGGACAAACAUCAUAGAUACAGUGGUACCUCGGGUUAAAUACUUAAUUCGUUCCAGAGGUCUGUACUUAACCUGAAACUGUUCUUAACCUGAACCACCACUUUAGCUAAUGGGGCCUCCUGCUGGAGCACGAUUUCUGUUCUCAUCCUGAAGCAAAGUUCUUAACCUGAAGCAAUAUUUCUGGGUUAGCGGAGUCUGUAACCUGAAGCGUAUGUAACCUGAAGCGUAUGUAACCCGAGGUACCACUGUAAUAGUAAUACCUGAAAUUACUGUUUGGAUAUUUUAACUGUUUAAGAAUGUUUCAAUUGUUUUCAGAAGGCUUUUAAACAUAUUUCAUAUUAUUGAUAUGUUUGCUGCCCCGGGCUUCUUUGGGUGGAAUAUAAACUGAAUUAGUUACUGUAAUUAGUAGUAGAGAAGCAGCCACCACAUUACUGAGUGUGAAGUAUUUGCCUUGAGUGAUGGAGCCUUUCACAACCUUGCUACUAAUGUCCUUUUAAACUGAUGGUGUUGGGGGUUGAGCCCACAAUCUAAGGUGUGCAGAGCAUGCGCCAUACAAGGUUUGGCCCCUUUUCAUGGCUUCACAAGGCCUGUCACCAAAGGUUUAUAGCAAAAAAACCAACAUGCUUAACAUAUUUUUCUUUUUCCUGACAUAAUUUUGCAUAGGCUAGUUUAAGAGAAGCACUGUUUGAGGAAGGCUGGAGGCUAAGCAAGAGUGAUGAGGAUCUGUGCUAUAUUCUGCUUAAAGCUGUUUGAUUUUGGGGUGUGUGUUUUGAGAAAAUGAACCUGUUUCAUUUUGCCUUUUUCAUAGGACUGGACUUCUUCUCUUUCUUACCAGGAGACAAUCAGGUAAGCUGCUAAUGGGAGGCAGAAAAUGAUUCUAGAACAGUCACAAAGGGUAGUAGUUUUGAUCCAAUAUAGGGAGAAUUUCUUCUUAAUACAGUAUCCCAAAUUGAAAAUGUCAAGUGGCUGAAACCACCAGGCAGUACUAUAAAUUAUUUUUGAUGUGCUAGAAUAUCUUUGCCAGAAUACAUUAUUCUAGCAUUGAUUUCCAUCACUGAGGGGAGCAAGCCUGCACAACUGGGAUUGCACUGCAAAAGUAUUGCUUAAAACUGAACAUUUAACUUGUUUUUUUAAAAAGCAUUCAGGUCUUUUUCUUCCUUGAGGAAAUGCUAAAGGACUCUGCAUGCAUUUUGCCAGUAAAGUCCAGUAAAUAGGAAGUGGGACUUCUCCCCACAGUCAAGGUCUCACUUCCUCCCCAUUAUACUGUCUCCUCUGAUUUCAGUAAUCCUCUCAGUGAAACCUUGAGCCUGACCUUUUUCCUCAAGCGUGACUGCAGAAAACCAGUAUUCUUGGGGCACUCGGUUCUGUGUCCAAUUACUGCACCCAACAAAUCCAACAUGCCUGUGAUCUGCAUGCAGGAGUUUUGAUGACCCUUUUAUUUAUUAUUUAUUAUUAUUUCAAAAAAAUUAUGCACAAAAUCAGCAACAAUCUGAAACCAGUUUAAAACAUGCACCAACAUUCUACAUGUCUGGGUAGACUUGCCAAAACAAAAAUGUUUUUAGUGGGUGCCAAAAAGAAUACAGUGAGUUGGCAGGGAGUUCCAAAGUGUAGGUGCUGCUAUAUUAAAAUGCAGGUUUCAUACAAAUGUGGAGCAGGUAUUGUUACAUGGCACCUGUAACAGUGGCAGUUCUGGAAAGAAACUGAGCUGCCCAUAAGUACUUGGAAUCCCCUCUUUAUUGGCCUGUAGCCCCCUGGCCUUUUAACCCUUGUGGACCCACCUCUUUUGUUUUAUCUGUACUGUGCUGGUUUUGCUUGGAACGGGUUUUACUUGUGUGAGCAUAUUGCUGCAACCCACCCUUACGGUGAAGGGCGUGAAAUAAAAACAGUGGAGUAGUAGCCAAAACAUGCAUGAGUGCCGUUUAUUAAAACCUGCUCUCCAGUGCCUCACAGCUGCCCUUUGUCCUCCUUCACAUCUCCAGCAUUAUAGCACUUCUCUUCUGGCCGCUGCAGCCGCCGCCGUGUCUGCUUCAGAUGACCCAGAACUUUUGCACUCCCGGUUUUUCCCCUAUGCUUCGUCUCAGAUGUUCCUGGAUCAGUUGAACGCAGGAGGGAGUGCCACCCUUCCAGCCACUAACGGCAGCAACAGCGGCAGCAACAGCAGCCUCGUGUCCUCCAACAGCCUGCGAGAGACCCAUGGCCACCCCGUGGCCAACAGAAGUAACACAGACCCAGCCUCUCUCUUUGGCGUCAUGCCGGAUAUCAUUUCCUUGGACUGAAUCUUGUUGAGUUUUCACUGGACUAGCUAGAGGAGAGAUCUGGGGUUUUGUUUUAUCUUAUUUUGUUUAGAAAUGCAGACGAGCUUUUCCUUUUUGUAGGGAAAAAAAUAUUAAGAUAUGUACAGAGAACAAAACUAUAUUUUCAGUUGUACUUUUGUAUAUAAACAAAAUAUGGUUUGACUGGUAAAAAAAAUGACAAAAGCUCCCAACCUAGAUUUUUGGAUACGGAAGAUUUUACACCACCCUUUCUGUCUCAAGUGUUCGUUUGUUUUAAGGCUUUGAUUUUUAACUGCAUCACUUUGUUUCUUCACAGUGAUAUUAAUGGAAAACUAAUGGAGUGAUUGAAGCUUUGAAAAGUUCUGGGAGGCUUCUAGUUCCAGGGAAGACAGAUGGCACCCACAAUAACUGGAGGGAAUGGUUUUCCUCCUUAGGGCACAAUCCUCUGGGAAUAUUUUUCUGCACAAGUACAAUUUAAAUGAAUUAGUCUUGUGCCAGUGGAUCAGGCCCUCUCUCUUUCUUUGUAAUUUAUGUCAAUUCCACAGCAUUCUCUGCCUGCUAAACUGGUUGUGUGGCUUCUUGGAAUGUUCUUUCAGCUCUUCCUUCUGGUUCUGAACAUCUGUUCGGAACCUUCCUUGUUCCUUCACCAGACACCAUAUUGUUCUGUUUGUGUGUUCAUCAGUUCUCCUCAUGGGGGGAAAAAUACCCACACUCCUGCAUGUUGAAGCAUUACCAUUGGAAAGUCUCUCCGCUUUUGCAUGAGGCAAAAUGGCUUCUUAAAAUCCUGCUGCCAUAAAGGCAUUGGUGAUCCUUUCUUGUAUGUUAAAUGUUCUGUGUUAAAGACUUGCUUUCUUGAGGUCAUUCGACAUUGGCCUAACACUCAAACUUCCUUCCCCGGGACUUUAAAAAUCUCUUGUGAAACUCCUACAUCGUACUGUGCUAUCAGGACUUAAAUGAGAUGAUAUAAUUUGAAAAAGAUGUAUUUUGCAGCGGAUAAUGACAAAUAGCAUGCCAGAGUCCUUUCUGCAAGCAUAUUUGAACUAUAGGCUCCAAUCCUACGCACUUGUGCUUCAGAACAAACCUACAUCAGAUUGGGCUAUAUUAGUGGCCGAACCCCACACAACUCUUUUUUUAAGUUCAAAGUCCUUCCCCCUUUCCUUCAAAUUUACCAAAAUUUUGUUAAAAUCUUGAGGGUGAUCCAUCCCCCUACCUUCUUAUUGGCUUCAAAAUAAUUAUUGAAUGAUUUUUGCUUCUUCUGACUGAGCAUGUGAAACUAUAUUUUAUUCUCCUUUAAUGUUUGUGGGUCCCCCCCCCCCCACUACCUUGAAACCUGUAUGAUUAGUUAGGAAAGAGUCUUUUCCAGCUUGGGGAUUAUUUAAACUCUUCCUUUUUUACUAAAUGACAGAACAUGUAAAUAGAGAGAAAGGGAAACUUCAUAGUACAUGGGAGAAAGAAGGGGAGGGCCAAGCAGCCAUGUUGAUGUAUCCCAGAGCCCUCAUUGGAGUGCAGAUCUGUUCUCUGCUGUGAAAAUACUUUAUAGCUAGCUUUUAAAAAUCUAGGUUUACAACAAAUCAGGAAUGGAUAGGAAGGAGGGAGGUAGCAGGGUUGGUAGUAGUUUUUUCUUUUUUUGCUAUACUUUAUCAAAGACCAUGUUAGCGAUUUCUUUAAACCAUAGCUGCAGAAGUUAGUAUAUCUUGUCCCCCCAGCUUUGUUUUCAAAAUCGUUUUUAAGAUAAACUUUGCAUUGAUAUCAAGCCACCACUUUUUAAUAGGAAACAAUCAUUUCUUUUCAACUAAUUGAGAGACAGUAUAAAUGUUCUAAGUGGGUUUUCAAAUGUCCCCUUCGCCAUUUUAAAAGCUGACUUGAAUUUUUAAAAUGUUUGUUCAUAUGUAUAUGUGUGUGUAUAUAUGUAUUUAUAGAUCUCUCUGUGUGUGUGUCUCAGUGUGUCUGUUUCAUGCAUGUGAAUUCCAUUACUGUCUGGCUGACAUGUUUCCUUCGACUAGUUUAUAAUUUAUUAAAUGUCAGGAAAAUCUAAAUAAAAGGAACACAAAAGAGGAAUCCUUUCUAAGUUCAAUCUAGCUUGGAGGCAUCAGAAACUGAUUUCUUUUUUUAAAAGUAUAAUGAAACUGGCUCAACUUAAUAUAAAAUGUGGUCCCAUUUUGUUGCAAUUGGAAGGAUCAUUCCAAACACUGAAACAAUCGGAGAUUUGCUAACUUUGGAAAGUCUGGUCACAGUGUAGUUGCAGGAGUCAAAAUUGACAAGUGUUCUGAUGAAACCCUGUAGCUGAUGCUCUGCUUCUUAGCUUAAGGUGAAUCCUUUUUAUCAGGCAGUUAAACGUGAGUCUGGGUACCACCUGCUAAAUACAUUGUAAGAUAUGGGUCUUGUAGCUUGCUUUGAAUGCAGAUGGCUCCAGCUUCAGUCUCUGCCAACAUGUAGAGCUGGGAAGGCCCCCUGCCUGGGACCCUGGAGAGCUGCUACCAGUCAGUGUUGACAAUAUUGAGCUAUAUGGACCAAUAGUCUGACUCAGUAUGAGGCAUCUUCCUAUAUUGUUACCUGGAAUAUGUGGUACAGUCAAGUGCAUGCAGAUGAUGGGCUGCAAUUGAGUGUAUUUAUGACCCAUGUAUUGUCAUGCAAUGCAAGCAUAUAUAAGUGUGCACUUGGCUACAGCAUCUACACAAGGCUCCCCCCUACUCACCAAAUGUAUCUACUGCAACUCAAAUGGUUUUUAUCUGCAUGUCUGUCAAGAUUUUUCUACAUCUGACAAAACAACUGUCGAGUCAGAAUUUUAGGAGACUUUCCAACAAUUCAUCAGGCUUCAAGGAACGCCAUACUCUGCUUUCAGUGCUGUUUGGUGUGUUUGAAUGCUGGAAGUUAUAUUGUGCUUUACAGUAAACGGGAACUGCCUGAGAGUGCAAUUAUCUUCAGUGUGACUUGCCUGAAUGGUGUUUGGGGUGGGGGAGGACUUUGCCCAUCCUCUUUCUUAGCCUGUGGAUGCUCGAUAAAGAUCUAGAACUGUGUAAGACUAGAAAUCUUCUAGGACUGGUUCAGUUUUUUUAAGUCCAGUUAAUUGUGAAAUUAAAAGGUACCUGCUACAUUGAACCCACGGGUUUCCAUGUUUCUCUCUCACUGAUAAGGUAAAUGACACUUCUCACCACAGUGGGCAGUAAGGGGUGGGCAUUGUGCUUGCAGUUUGGGAAUGAGACAUUUAAAAGCAUUACAAAUGAGACAAGGCACAUAAAGAGCAAAGGUCAGUCAAUUAAUGUUUAAUGUGGAGAGCGCUUGAAAAUUUAAGGUAGCAAACCAUUUUAUAUGUCUUUUCCUGCUCCUCCUGUCCUUCAUACUAAGUAAAACAAUGAAUCUUCCCAAUUCAAAGUGAAUAGUGUUUCCUGGCCUCCCUUAACUUGGGUUUUGGGUUGGGGAGGGGAUUUUUGAUGUAUUUAAUUCCGGGGACCUCUUUUGAAAAGCUAUUUCCUGGCCAGUGUGUGUGUGUUUUAAGUUGUUUGUGUUUUUUUUAGCCAACAAUAAUAGUUAAUUGGGGAAAGGUUCCAUUUUGGCAUUACCUGCAGUCUAUCAGUUUCUUUAAAAUACUAAUUUUUAAGAAUUGCAGAGAUUUUUUUUUUAGUAACAUGGAGUUAAGGGGUGUUUUUUAGUUAACACACAAAUCCUGUUAAAUUUGAAUAUGGAAAGCGUACUUCUUGCAUUUCAUAACUUGUUGGCUCACUUUUUUUUGUCCUUGUUUUUCCAAAAGAGAAGUAGAGGGAUGUGUGCUGCUUGGAUGUGUGUCUCACUUUGUACAAAAAAUUUGGGUGAGUGAGUGAGUGAGUGAGUGUCUACACAAGUACACACAGAUGCAAGAUCCUUGUAUAAUAGCAGGGGUAGAGUGAUUCUGAAUCACUUCUGUGGGCAUUACUCGAUGCAGAGUUUGUUGUUGUUUUUACCUAAAAGCAAAACCAAAUUAAACCUUGCUAAGACUUAACUAGCAGUUUGUUGCAAAGUCUUGCAAUAUUUUCAUUACUGCAUUCCCAGAUUUUCUUAUCCCUAUCAAACAUAUACCAUACUCCCCUGGAAGAAGGCACUUUUAGAAACCUUCCACCGAACUUGUAGCUAGUCCUUGGUUUUUUUUUAAUGUGGUUAAUCUUUUUCAUUGCAUUAAACAUUUCAGGGUGUUUUCUUUUUCACAAUACAUUAUGUCUUGCUUUGUUUUUAUUAUUUUCCUUUCAAUGAGAGCUUAGAUUUUUAUUGAGAGAGAACCUGCCAGAGGCCCCCGGCUUGUGCUGCUGUUUGUUGCUCUAAUUAACAAAAGGGAAAACAAUAUGUAAAUAAGCAGAAACUUUAAAAAAGUUAUUAAUUCUGUAAACUCAGAUCUGUGAUUCAUUGCCUUAACUUUCUCUUAGUUUUCCAUACAGCAUGCCAAACAAGUUUUAAAAGUGGCUUUUAAAUAAAAUGUAUAGUAGACCAAUGUCAGUUUGUAUAAAAGUAUCAAGUGAAAAUAUUUAUUACAUGCAUUGCAAAAAAAUGGUUUACCCUACUGAAUGUUACCUGUUUAUGUAAAACAUCUUUAGAUGUAAUAAAAAGCAUUAUUACGUUGUCUCUUCUGGAAUAAAUGUUGCUGAAUUUGCACACUGUAAAUUU